GUCUCACGGUCGAGUCGUUCGCCAAGACGCUCGAACUCUUGGAGCACUCAGUCUAGUAGAAGACUUUCGCGUGAGUAGCAGUGCCCCAAAAUCUAAAGUGGAGUGAUUAGGGGCCGAAUAGCCCUGGCAACGUACAGCCAUGGCGACUGCAAAAAUGAAGAUAAUACUUCCGCUAGUCGUUUGGAUGUGGCUGCACACGACGACUGCCCAGUCCUUUAGCGGGAUUGGAUUUGGUAUAAAGCAAGAAAUCUUUUUUCUGAAUCUAGAGGACGGAUACUUUGGAUGCCAAGUCAACGAAUCGACGGACGUUUUACAACUAUUCGAACUAUCGAAAUUAUGCGACGGAGUUCCGAACUGUUUUUUAGGCUCGGACGAACUCAGCGACAAACUCAAGUGUACAAAUGACUGUCACAAGGAAGAUGGAUCUUCCUGCCAAAACGGGGCUUGUCUCGACGGACAGUGCCACUGUAACGACGGAUAUGGGGGGUGCAACUGCGAGGUCCCAGACGAAAACGAGUGCAAAUACCGGCCUUGUGACGUCUUCGCCCACUGCACCAACACCUUGGGUAGUUUUUCGUGCACUUGCUACCCGGGCUACCAAGGCGAUGGCUUCCACUGCGAGGACAUUAACGAAUGCGACGAUCCCGCAAUCGCCUCAAGGUGCGUGGAAAAUGCCUGGUGCUGUAAUCUCCCAGCCCAUUUCCUCUGCAAAUGUAACCCAGGUUUCGAAGGAGACGGCGAAGUUCAAUGUCUCGAUAUCGACGAAUGUUCUCAUCCUGACGCCUGCGGUCAAAACGCGAUCUGCCACAACACUCCCGGAAAUUACACCUGCUCGUGCCCUGAGGGUUUCAUCGGGAAUCCCUUCGAUGGGUGUGUCGAUCAGAACGAAUGCGAAAAUCCUAAUGCGUGUGGUCCUGGAGCCAUCUGUACCAACGUGGAGGGUGGGAGACAAUGCCACUGUCCGCCAGGGUUCGAGGGAGAUCCAUACACAACCGGAUGCGGCGACAUGGACGAGUGUUCAAGGUCGAAUCCUUGCGGAAGAGACGCCAUUUGCUCAAAUUUGGAAGGGAGUUACCGAUGCGCUUGUCCUCCAGGCUUCAUCGGGGACCCUCUAACUGCCUGCACAGAUAUUAACGAAUGCAGUUCGAGCCCUUGCGCGCCGACUGCGCAAUGCAUCAACACUAACGGCAGUUACACCUGUUUGUGUCCUGAGGGAUACACAGGUUCGGCCAAGGAAGAUUGUGUGGAUAUCAAUGAAUGUGGAAGGUCUGGAGCUUGUGGGAUAAACGCUAAAUGCAUUAACGUCCCGGGGUCAUACAAGUGCAUAUGCCCUCAAGGGUUCACAGGGCAGGGACAGCUGUUUUGUGAAAAUAUAAACGAGUGCGAUACAAAUCCGUGUGGAGAAAACGCAGUUUGUAAAGACACACUAGGGAGUUACACUUGCUCAUGCAAGGAAGAUUACACCGGCGAUCCUUUCAAAGGAUGCGUCGACAUCGACGAAUGUCAAGCACUUGAAAGACCAUGUGGGGCACAUGCGAUAUGCGAAAAUGCCGUCCCGGGUUAUAACUGCAUUUGCCCCCAAGGCUACCAAGGAAAACCAUCACCAAAAGUUGCCUGCGAACAAAUCGACGUUAAUAUUUUAUGCAAAUCAAACUUUGACUGCACGAAUAACGCUGAAUGUAUCGAAAACCAGUGCUUUUGCCAGAAGGGGUUUGUCCCCAAAGGCUCGGUCUGUGUGGACAUUGACGAGUGUCAAGCACAACCUUGCGGACAGUACUCGAUUUGUACCAACACAAUCGGAAGUUUCCACUGUGACUGCGAAAAUGGGUUUGUUGGGGCCCCACCCAUGGUACAAUGCAAGGCCCCUUGCGAGGAUGUCAAAUGUGGCGACCACGCCUAUUGUAAACCUGACGGCCAGGAAGCCUAUUGCAUAUGCGAGGAUGGGUGGACUUUCAAUCCUCACGACAUUGCAGCUGGCUGCAUAGACAUUAACGAGUGUGACGAAAUCAAUGGUCCCAGCGGCCGCUGCGGCAAAAACGCCCUUUGUACAAACUUACCUGGAACAUUCGCCUGUCAGUGCCCUCAAGGCUUCACCGGUAACCCUUCCGUCCAAUGUCAAGACUUUGACGAAUGUUCCAAACCCAAUUCUUGUGGAAUUGGGGCCGUUUGUGAAAAUACACCAGGGUCAUAUACCUGUAAAUGCCCCGAAGGCACUGUUCCUAGUCCCGACCCUCGAACCAAAUGUAAUGAAAUUGUAACUUGUAAUGCGGACUCGGAUUGUCCCGGAAAUGCCAUUUGCGACCACAAGAAACGUUGUUUGUGUCCUGAACCGAACAUAGGCAACGAAUGUAGACAUCCUUGUGAAACCACAACUUGUGGCCCAAACGAGCAAUGUAUGCUUGUCAAUCAAGAAGCCAAAUGUAUUUGUCGUGCCGGUUUCACCGGUACCAACCUAGGUUGUGUCGAUAUAGAUGAGUGUGCCGGUAAUCCAUGUCAACUUGGCGCAAUUUGUAAAAACGAACCGGGAACCUUCUCCUGCCAGUGCCCUGGGGGUACGACCGGAGACCCAUAUAGAACCGGAUGUGCCAAAAACGAGGUUCCGUUCAGUUGUUCCGACUCCAAACCUUGUCCCCCGGGCGAACAAUGCAUCGCUGACGAUUUCGUCGGCGGUAGUGUCUGUAUUUGCGUCCAAGGUUAUCUAAGAGAUCACAACACCGGAAAAUGUCGCGAUGUUGAUGAAUGUACCGAAUUCCGCGAUAAACCAGCAUGUGGCAUUAACGCGAUUUGCAAAAAUCUUCCGGGGAGUUACGAUUGUCAGUGCCCUCCUGGAUUCAACGGAAACCCAUUUUUGGAAUGCCUGGAAUGCAAUAGUCCUGAUUGUCGCUGCCAACCGCCCUACAAACUAACCGACGGUAACUGUGUCCUGGCCAGUUGUGAACCGGACGGUUCUUGUCCCAAUGGAGCUGAAUGCAUCACAAUAACCGGGGGUGUGAGCUACUGUGCCUGUCCCAAAGGGUUCAAAACGGCCCAAGAUGGCUCUUGUAUUGAUAUCAAUGAGUGUGUCGAAGGCAAACAAGUGUGUGGGUACGGAGCCGAAUGUAUUAACUCUAUUGGCUCAUACGAAUGCCAUUGCCCGAGAGGCUACAGUGGAGAACCUUACAACGGCUUGUGUUCCCCCGCCCAGAAACGCUGCAUCCACGAUAACGAAUGUUCAGCUAACGAAAAAUGCGUCCAACCCGGUGAAUGUGUAUGCCCACCUCCAUUUUUCACAGACCCGCAAGAUAACAACAAGUGCAAGAGUCCAUGUGAGCGAUUUUUGUGUGGAAUCAAUGCUAAAUGUACUCCAAGUGACCCUCCCAAAUGUUUGUGCGAGUCAGGGUACAAGGGCGACCCUCUACAAGGAUGUGUGGAUUUAGACGAGUGCGCGGAUGCUCCCUGUGCUUACGGAGCACAGUGUAUCAACCAGAAAGGGAGCUAUAAGUGUAUAUGUCCAAGAGGAAUGACCGGUGACCCUUACAAAGGCGGAUGUAUCCUGGAAAUUGGCACCGGGAAAGCUCAGUGCCAGACAAAUGAUCAUUGUGCACAUACUCUGGCUUGUGUUGAAGGAAUUUGUGUAAGCCCAUGUGGAGCCUUGACUUGUGGCGCCAAUGCCUACUGCGAACCUGAAAAUCACGCUGCUUGGUGUAGAUGUCGGGUGGGGUACGCUGAGAAUUCGCAUGGGGAGUGUGUUUCAAUUUGCGAAGGUGUUAUUUGUGCCUCCGGCGCCCAAUGUAUACCGACUAAUUUAGGCCCGACGUGCAAAUGUCUGGAAGGUUUCAUGGGAAAUCCAUUCCCUGGAGGCAAGUGUAGUACUGAUCUUUGCUCGGUUUCAAACCCUUGCGAGGAGCCCUACAUUUGUAUCGGUGGACGGUGUAAAGAGAGAUGUGAAGGCAUUAUUUGCGGAGUUGGAGCUCACUGUGACCGAGACACCAAUCAAUGUGUUUGCGAUUCAUUCUUUAUCGGUACUCCGGAAUUGAUUUGUAUGCCUCCUAUACUGGGACCUGUGUGUGUCCCAACUUGUGGCCAAAACGCCCAUUGCGAGUACGGAACGAAUUCCAAUAAGUGCGUCUGUAAUUCCGGUACCAGUGGUAAUCCUUAUGAGCAAUGUUCGCAACUCGAGCGCAAAACUUGUGAUGCGAGUACUUGUGGCAAAAACGCGGAAUGUCGGGAGAGUUACAAUGAUAUCCAGUGUUUGUGCCAGUCGGGCUUUACCGGAAACCCAUUCAUCGGCUGUCAUGACAUUGACGAAUGUAGCGGUAACGUCUGUGGCCAAAGUGCCGUCUGCAUCAACACUAUCGGCAGUUACGAUUGUCGCUGCAAGGAAGGCUACGCCGGCAAUCCCUUUAUCAUGUGCUCCCAAGUCCAGGGUGGUAUUUGCAAGGAUGCCAAAACCUGCAGUUGCAACGACCGCGUCUUUUGCCCUUCUGGUUUCACUUGUGAGAGAGGCCGGUGCAAAAACCUGUGCGAAAAAGUCAAAUGCGGACCCCGGGCCAACUGUCACGACGGCCAAUGUGUUUGUCCACCGGGCCACAUUGGAAACCCCACCGAUUUGCGUAAAGGCUGCACGACUGAGGGACGUUGCAACAGCGAUCUUGAUUGUCACGACGGAGAGAUUUGUUUCCAAUUGGGCAAAGGUCUAAGAAAGUGUUUGGACGCCUGUAGCAAAAUCCAGUGUGGUCCUAACGCACUGUGCGUUUCUGAAAAUCACAGAUCGUCCUGUAUUUGUGCCCCGGGUUACAGCGGCGACCCCAGUGAUCUCAAUUUGGGGUGCCAACCGAAAGAAAGAGUCAAUCAGAGAGAAUGUGAGCACGACCGAGACUGUAAACCUGGAACAAUUUGCUCGGUUGAUGUUUCCGGAAUCCAGAAAUGUGUCAGUCCUUGUGAGACAGUCGCAUGUGGGCUUAACGAAAUCUGUAAGAUUGAUUCGGCCGGACAUCCGACGUGUGCGUGCCGGGAUGACUACAUCUGGAAUCCCGUUUCGUCCCUGUGUGAGAAACCAUCAGUACCGGAUUGUACCUCAGACCAGGAUUGCCAACCAGUGGCCGCGUGCCAACCUGACGCUUUGGGAAUUUUGAAAUGUGUUCCAGUUUGUUCCCACUUUACUUGUCCCAUUAAUGCCGCUUGUGUCGCCGAAUCACACAAGGGGCAAUGCCAGUGUCUUUCGGGCUACACCGGGAAUCCUAAAGACCGCAAUGGAUGCAAACCCAUCAGUCAGAAUCAAUGUACAACAGACGCCCAAUGUUCAGAACAUGAAACGUGCAAGAAACACGGAGAAUUUGGAGUACUGGUGUGUAAAUCAGCCUGUGAUUACGUUUCCUGUGGUCCUAACGCCGUCUGUGUUACUAAUAACCACGUAGCGCAAUGUCAGUGUCCACCAGGGUCAUUUGUGGGCGACCCUAGUGACCCUACAGCCGGUUGCAAGUCCGUCCCUUGUGUCUAUAACAUCGACUGUCCUCCAACCCAACUGUGCAACCGCAUGACCCACACUUGCUACGACGUCUGCGAUGAAGAAUCUUGCGGAACAAAUGCAGUGUGUAUUGCAGAGAACCACAAAGCGGUCUGUCAGUGUCCUCCGGGUUACAGUCCGAAUCCGCUCGCCGAAGUUGAAUGCGUGCCUGUUGAAGUAUGUAACCCUAAUCCUUGCCACACUUCGGCCAUAUGCGAAGCUACCAAUUUCGGUCACACGUGCAAAUGCCCUCCAAAUACGAUCGGAGACCCCUUUACUGCAGGUUGUCGACCAGAAGGGGAUUGUCCUAACGGUGACCGCGAUUGUCCAUCGCGAGCUGUUUGCCAAGCUGGAAAAUGUAUCAAUCCUUGUGACCAAUACCAAUGUGGCCCUAAUGCAAUCUGUACAGUCGAAAAUAGAAAACCGGUUUGUAAUUGCCCGGCGAAAUUCAUACCAGGCCCUCAUGGCAUACAAGACGGUUGUGUCCGAAUUGCCACACGAUGUGCCUCUGAUGUUGACUGCGGGAAUGAAGUUUGUUUCAACGGGCAAUGCCGGGCCGUUUGCCGCAAUAACGACGAUUGUUCUUUCGGCGAACGCUGUCUGGAGAAAAUAUGUAUGAUUCCGUGCGCUAGUCACAGUCAGUGUCGUCAAGACCAAGCCUGCAUCAAUGGAAUGUGUAUAAUCGGGUGCCGAAGCAAUAAAAAUUGUCCCUCAGACCAGGCGUGUGUCAAUAACAAGUGCCAAAACCCGUGCAGUUUGGAAGGCUCGUGUGGCCCCAACGCAAUUUGCUCGUGCCAAAACCAUAAAACUAUAUGUACCUGUCCUGAGAACUUUGAGGGCAAUCCGACACCUAACGAGGGCUGCAUCCGCAUCCCACUCACUUGCCAGACCAACAAGAACUGUCCCAAUGGUUACACUUGUUUCAAAAACCAGUGCUCGCUUCAAUGCCACGACAACACGAAUUGUGCCGUCGGCGAAAGAUGUUCCAAUAAUGCUUGCACCAAAGUCUGCUAUGGCGACAAUAACUGUCUCCCUGGGGAAGUCUGUUUGAGAGGAUUGUGUGAACCUGGGUGUUCCGUCGACUCUGACUGUCGCAGUUCGCAAGUCUGUAUCAAAGGUCAAUGCAAAUGUGGCCUCGGUUUUAUUGGGACACCUCAAGGUUGCGAAGACAUCAACGAAUGUGAGGACCAUCCCUGCCAUCCUACCGCUCACUGCCAAAAUCAGAAAGGCUCAUACCGGUGCGCUUGUCCCGAAGGAACCGUCGGUGAUCCUUUCAUUGAACCCGGGUGUCUAUUGCCCCACCAAUGCAGACGCAAUAGUGACUGUGCUGAUAAUCUUGUUUGCAAAACGGGAAAAUGUCAAGAUCCAUGCGAGGAAAUCCGGUGUGGACCGAAUGCAGUUUGCAACGUUUUCAAUCAUAAAUUGACCUGCUCGUGCCCUACGAACCAUCUCGGUGAUCCGUUCGACCUCAAACUGGGUUGUUUCAAAGUUGAGUGUUUGGAGGAUGUAGACUGUGCCACUGACAGAAGAUGCGACACUGAGAUAAACAAGUGUUUAAAUCCGUGUGAUUCAAUCAGUUGUGGCAAAGGCACGUGUCUUACCCAAGAACACCAAGCUUAUUGUAGCUGUUUCGAGGGUUAUACGCUAGUGAACGAUAAAUGUAUCGAUGUUGACGAGUGUCGGACUUCUAGUCCAUGCCACAAAUCAGCAACUUGUGUGAACAACGAUGGCGGCUUUACGUGCGUCUGUGGUGAGGGACUAGUCGGCGAUCCCGUCGUUGGAGGCUGUCGCAAACCUGGUGAUUGUUUCACCGAUACUGACUGUCCCUCCUCUGCAACAUGCGUCGACAAUUUUUGCCGAAAUCCGUGUGAGAACCCUAACGCCUGUGGCAGGAACGCUGAGUGUAUUCCAAUAAACCACGAAGCUACGUGUAAAUGCGCCCCCAAGACGCGUGAAGACGCUCAGCACAACUGCAUUCCAAUCGAGUGUGAAAGUAACAAUGACUGCUCCCAAGACAAAGCUUGUAUCGACUCAAGAUGUAUUAAUCCCUGUUCUUUGGUGAAUGCGUGUGGGCAAAAGGCCGAAUGUCGACCUAGUAACCACGUGGGGGUUUGCUCGUGCCAAGCAGGCACCACCGGAGAUCCACAUUUGGGUUGUGUACCAGUCCAGUACUGCGCUGUUGACACCCAAUGCCCGGCAGGGUCCCAGUGUUACAACGGGAUCUGUACCUCGAUUUGUACCUCAUCCAGGGAGUGCAUUUCCGACCAGUUGUGUAUCCAAGGGAUUUGCCAACCGACUUGCAAGUCAAACUCAUCAUGUCCCGAUUUUCAAUUUUGUCAAAACAAUAUUUGCACACAAGAGUUCAAAUGUCGGGCUAACGACGACUGUUCGUUCACGGAGAAGUGUCUGGCUAAUACAGUGGGUCAAAACGAAUGUAUCGACGUUUGUGAGGGAGUUCUAUGUGGGCGCAAUGCAGAGUGUGUGUCCCAAAACCACGAAGCGACCUGUAUUUGCAAAAUCGGGUACAAGGGGAAUCCGAACGAUGACAAAUUGGGCUGCCAACGAGUCGAGUGUGAAUCCAACGACCAAUGCUCAAACGACAAGCUUUGUGACCAGUAUAUGUGCAAAAUAGCGUGUUUGGUUAACAAUCCAUGUGGACGUAACGCGUUGUGCUCGGCCGAACACCACAGACAAGUCUGUUACUGCCAGCCUGGCUACACGGGAGACCCACAUGCCGGAUGUCGAUUAAUUGAUUUCUGUGCUGAUAAUCCGUGUGGCCCAAAGGCUCGUUGUCACAACUCCCGAGGCUCUUUCAAAUGUCAGUGUCCACAAGGAUUGGUCGGAGACCCGUACAAUGAAGGGUGCAGACCUCCGGUUGAGUGCAACUCUGAUAAGGACUGUCCAAGUGUCGCUAAAUGUGACAAGACUAAUGGUUUACAUAAAUGUCGCGAUGUGUGCGAGAGAACGGCCUGCGGCCCCAACGCUGAGUGUAUUGCUGUUGACCAUAAGGGUCACUGCAGUUGCCGUAAUGGCUAUCAAGGGAAUCCCAGCGACUUGUCUCUAGGCUGUACACCCAAACCUGUCUCUUGUCGUCACACUUCAGAUUGUCCGGCAAAUACCUACUGUUACGGCGAUGUCUGCAGACCUCCAUGUCAAACAAGCGAGGAAUGUAUCCCAAGUGAGCAAUGUCUCCAAGGCCAAUGUCUCAACCCUUGUGACUUGCGUUCAGCCUGUGGUAUGAACGCGGAAUGCAGAGUUAGCAACCACGUGAAACAAUGUAGUUGCCCUCCAGGCUUUACCGGAAACCAAGACGUUGAAUGCUUUAGACUGCCAAUUUCCUGUUCAUCAAAUCAUAACUGCGCUUCUGGCUACGUCUGCAAAAAGAAUUUAUGCCAUCCUGAAUGCAAAGUAGAUAACGAUUGUGCUUUCAACGAGAAAUGUCUCAAAGGCAAUUGUAUUCUAACGUGCCGAGUCGACAAUGACUGUUUCUUGGGUCACAUUUGUCAUCAUAACAUGUGCAUUUUCGGAUGCCACAACGACGAUGAUUGCACCGGAACUGAAUCGUGCCGAAACAACAAAUGUGUUAAUCCUUGCCUGGAAAAUCCUUGUGGUCCCAACGCUCAAUGCACCGUUUCGAAUCACAGAGCGACGUGUUCUUGUGGAAACAACUUCGUCCCUAAUCCCACUCCUAAAAUUGGAUGCGUACGUGCACCUGCACAGCCCUGUACCCAAAACAGGGAUUGUGAUCCUGGGAAUGUCUGUAUCGAACAAUCUUGUCGCACUUUGUGCUCGUCUGACGCUGGAUGCUUUAACAACGAGCGAUGUGAUGUCAAUAGUGGCGUCUGCAAACCGAUCUGUCGCCGAGAUGACGAUUGCAAAAACGGAGAAAUUUGCGAAGGACUGACUUGUUCGAUUGGGUGCAGGAGUGACUCUGGUUGCGCCCCUGAGAAGAAAUGUGUAGCCAAUCAAUGUGUUGAUAUUUGUGCCUCUCCAACGGCUUGCGGCACCAAUGCCGAGUGUGCUGUCAUUAAUCAUAAUAAAUUAUGUGCUUGUCCAUCACCUCUGGUGGGUAAUCCUUUGGAGUAUUGUCGAUAUCCGGUCCAACCAUGCAAUGCCGACUCGGAGUGUGUCAAAGGGCAUGUUUGCUACGAGGCAGUGUGUCAACAAAUGUGCAGAACUGAUCACAAUUGCUUAUCGGAUGAAAAGUGUGUCAGAGGUGUUUGUCGCACUGUUUGCAACUCUGACGAUUUCUGCAGCAUUAAUCAAGUUUGUAAAAACCGACUGUGUGAAAUCGGUUGUAGGAGCGACUCAUCUUGCCCACAAAACCAAGCUUGUAUCAAUAACAAAUGCCAAAAUCCUUGCAACUACAAUACGACUUGUGGCGUUUGUGCCGAUUGUAAAGUCAAAAACCAUGUGGCUCAAUGCAGCUGCCCUUCAAACUUUUUAGGCAAUCCUUUGGUCGCUUGCACUAAAGCUGUAACCGAAUGUGAUGGAAGUUGCGAGUGUGACGAAAUCGGCUAUUGUACCAAAUCAUGUCGAACGUCAAAAGAAUGUUCGUGUGGUGAAAUUUGCUCAUCUGGCAAAUGCCGUAACAAAUGCUCCUCACAAAUGCCCUGUGCUCGGGGCCAGAUAUGUACAAGAGGCGCCUGUCUGCCUGGUUGUCGCUCUAAUAACGACUGUUCCACUUCUGAAGUUUGCAGAAACAAGAAAUGUCAAAACGUGUGUAAAGAUGCUAACAGUUGUGGCAAAAAUGCAAUUUGUCAAGCAACCGAUCGCAGAAAAGUCUGUUUGUGUCCAGAUGGUUACCAGGGGGAUCCCAAAGUCGAAUGUAAACCUUACGAGUGCAGAUUAGAUACGGAUUGCGAGAAUGAUAAAAGAUGUAGCCCUGAUGGAGCUUGCAGGAAUCCAUGUCGCGAGACUAAAGCAUGUGGUAUUAAUGCCCAGUGCCGGGUUAUUGACAGAAAACCACAUUGUUCAUGUCCCCCUGGUCUCUUUGGUAAUGCUCUUGUCGAAUGUAAAAAGGGCGGAAAUGAGGAAUGUUUGAAAAACCCUUGUGGGGCUAAUACCAAGUGUAAGGAUAUAAACGGGCGUUAUGAGUGCAGUUGUUUGCCUGGCUGUGUCGGUGACCCUAAUAGAGGUUGCGUCUGUGAACCCGAAUUGGUCAAUUUGUGUAAAAAGAAAUUAUGUGGUAUUGGAGCUCAGUGUAGAAUUGUACACGGAAAGGAGACUCAAUGUUUCUGUCCUGCUGAUCUGCCGAAAGGUGAUCCGACUAUUGAAUGUACUGUGGAAGAAAGAAAUGUUGUCGAUUGUAGAACGGAAGGUUGUGGUAAGAACGCAGAAUGUAUACGCGAACAGGCGUUCUUCGUCUGUCGCUGUCUGCCGGGACAUACAGGUCGGCCGGAAGUAGAGUGCAGCAGGGAUGCCGAAUGUAACAGUGACUUAGAAUGCUCCACCGAAAAGGCGUGCAUCAACUACCAGUGCAUAGACCCUUGCACGCUGCGCGGCGCUUGCGGACUGAACGCCCUCUGUCGUACGGUCUUGCACCGCCCACGAUGCUCCUGCCCGGAGUGUCACGUGGGCAUGGCGAACACCGAAUGCCGUCCCGACCCCAAAUGUCUCUCGACGCAACCGCGUCCCGCCCCCUCUCACUGCCGCAAAGACUCGCACUGCCCCCUCGACCUCGCCUGUAACGCGGCCUCUGGCGAGUGCUUCGACCCCUGCACUAACCCCGCGUUCAAAUGCACCGGCAACAAGAGAUGCGAAGUCUCGCACCAUAAAGCUACUUGCGUCUGCAAAAGCGGUUUCGUGGUUAACGAGCGCGGAGAGAUUGCUUGUGCUCCGGAGAUAAGCGAAUGCGCGCGAGAUGAUCAAUGCCCCUCGAAUAAAGCGUGCAUUGAUAACGUUUGUCAGAAUCCUUGCACUGCUUCGAAAAAGUCGCCUUGUCCGCCUGAAAAGGGUUGCGAUGUGCUCAAUCACAAACCCGUUUGCAUUUGCUUGAAAAACUGCAACCCUUCCUUGUCGAUUUGCUUGAGAGACAAUGGGUGUCCGGCGCACCAAGCGUGCAGAGCAUUUAGAUGCGAAGAUCCAUGUGCAACUGCCAGCUGUCCGGAGAACACGCCCUGUUACGUCGAAGAUCAUAGACCUAUUUGCAAGUUUUGUCCGCCCGGAUUUAUAUCCGACCCAAAAUAUGGAUGUCUCAAAGCUGAUAACGCGACAAAAGUUACCUGCACUACGGACUCCGAUUGUACACAAGCACAAACCUGCAUUGGAAACAUAUGUAUAGAUCCUUGCACCAAGAAUUGUGGCAAAGGUGCCAAGUGUCAGGCGAUUAACCAUAAAGCCAAAUGUUUUUGUCCGACUGGCUACGAGGGCAACGCGUUAAUACAAUGCUUCCCUGCCAUUCCCAAAACUAACCUUACAACUCAACCCCAAACCUCAACUACUAAACCUUAUAACCAAACAAGCACCACUCGGGAACGGGGUAUCCACAUAGAAACUGUCAAAACCACAACACCCAUUACGGGUCAUGAGACAAUAGAAACACCAACCAUCACAACCGAACAAAUUAGUACAAAAGAGAGCGAAAUAACUACUCCAAGUACAAAAUUUGGGGAAAAGUUUAGUACUGUCACUAACCCUACUUUGCUCACUGAAAAAACUACAACACCCAUUAAUGGUCACGAGACCACAGAAACGUCAAUCACUACAGCUGAACAAAUUUUAACUAGUACAAAAGAAAACGAAAUAACUACUUUAAGUACUGUAGAAGAAAAAUUCAGUACUCCCCCGGUUGGAACUUUACCAGAAACGACAAAAGAAACACUGACUACAGAAAAAAUAGAAUUAUCCACUAAACCUUACACCGAAAAAAUUGCAACACCCUUUACUGGUCCUGAGACAACAGAAAUGUUAUCCACUACAAGUGUGAAAAUUUUGACGACUACAAAAGAAAGCGAACCAGCUACUCCAAGUACUAUAUUUGAGGAAAAAAUUAGUACUACCCCAGUUGUAACUUUGCCAGAAGUGACUACAGAAAAAAUAGAAUUAUCGACUAAACCUUACUUACACAAUGAAAAAAUGACAACACCCAUUACUGGUCACGAGACAACAGAAAUGUUAGCCACUACAACUGAAACAUUUUUAACGAGUACAAAAGAAAACGAAAUAACUACUUCAACUACAAUACUUGAGAAAAAAUUAACUACUGUCCCAGUCGUAACUUUACGAGAAAUGAAUAAAGAAACCGUGACUACAGAAAAAAUAGAAUUAUCCACUAAACCUUAUUUAUUCACUGACAAAACUUUUGAAACAAUUUCAACUAUUACAGUAGCAGCUGAAACAGAAUUAACGCAAAGUUCCUCAUAUAGUACUUCAACAGAAAUAUCAUCAAGAAAAACAAUAUCGGAUAUAGAAACAACUGAAGCUACUGGCAGUACGCCUGAAAGUAAAAGGACCAGUACUGUGACUGAAGAAUCAACAACCAAGUUAGAAUCUGAAUUAACAACUGAAGCUCUUGGCCUAACAAAAGCUAGUACAGAGCAAGCAAAACCAACAACUGAAAAGAUGUUUACAGAUUCAGAAUUAAUAUUUAUAACAGUGAAACCUUUUUCAAGCACCAUAAGUACUUCAGAAACACCUUUAAAUUUAGUAACGCCGUCUCCAAAAGAUGUCGAAGUAACAUCUGAAUUAAUAAAAACCCCAAAAACGGGUGAAGUGACAACUGAAACAGAACGUGUAACAACCUCUGAAACUGUUGUACCAGUUACUGAAACAACAGACAGAAACAGAUUACCAUCUGUUACUGAGUCUGGGUUACCUGAAUCUACAAAAUUGUUGUAUAAUGAAAGUGAAACUAAAAGUACCACAGAAGUAGGUACGUCCGAAUUUGUUGCUAAAAGUACUACAGCUGGUAAAGAAGUAACAACGGAAAUAAUUCAAGAAGUAACAACAGUAGGGGGCUUUGGCACAGAACCUGUCGAAAAAAUAUCAACUAAAACAAAAAUUCCAGAAGAUAUUUCAAGUACUGGUUUUGCCACGGAAGAAAGUACAGAAACUAAAGUUACAAAAAUAGGUACAACUGAACUAAGAUCAGAAUAUACAACACAGGGAGUUUCUGAAACAUAUUCUACUCCUGCAACAUCAGGUGGACUCAAAACUACGAAAGAAAUAGAAGGGUUAACCCCUGUAACCACGACUGGCUUGCCUCUAACAACUAAACCAUCUGUUACCCAGACAGAAAAACUGACUACCCUUGAAGGAACUAAUACAUAUUUUACUCACAUUCCUAAAACAACACAUAUGUUAAGCACAACAGAAAUGGAAGGUUUAACACCCGUGUCCACGAUUAGUUUACCUGAAACAACAGUAGAAUACGAAAAUGCAACUACCUCAGAACCUAAAGUGUCUGAAAAAGUAGAAAGUUCCACAGUUACAACACCUGUUACAAUAUCAGAAUUUAUUUCUUCUACCAGUUCUGUAACUUCUGCGUUACAUACAGAAGGUACAACUACUUUUACACAAAUGCCUGAAACAUAUCCUUCUAGAACCGAAACUGCAAAAGCUUUGUCGACUUCGCGAGAGCCGACUACUACUGAAAAAUCAUUUGGAGAAAUUUCUACAACAGUGGUACCCCAACGAAACGAGUCUUUGUAUAACAUAACAGUGUUAAAUAAUUACUGCACAAACCCUAGUAACUGUUCCUUUAACACCACGUGUAUAAAAAAUGCUUGUAUUAAUCCGUGCCUCCAUUACCGUCCCUGUGUAACCAACAUAACAUGCCAGGUGAUUGCCCACGAGCCUGUAUGCCUGUGCCCACUUAACCAAACACUAAAGGAAAAAAUUGGUUGUAAAGUAAACCCAGACAUCAAAUGCUAUCAACAUACGGACUGCACAGGGCAACAUGCUUGUAUCGAUGGGAAAUGUCGCAAUCCAUGUUUAGUUUCUAAUCCAUGUAUCGAAUCACACGACUGUCAAGUUCAAGACCACCAACCCGUGUGUGUCAAAGUUUGUCAGUGCCAGAAAAAUUCAGAUUGUGGCGCUAAUAAUCUAAUAUGUGACGGCUGUAAAUGUAUUAUUGGCGAAGAACCGAAAAUUGUGCCUGGUUGCGAGCAUUGCCCACCUGGAAUCGCUUGUGACCCCACAACAGGGGCUUGCAUCAAAGAUAUGGUGGCUUCAACACCAGGUACACUAACUGAAACACAAACUGUGACUUUCUCACAAAUAACAAAACAAACUACUAGUGCUACUACUAUUCCUACUAUCCUAACAUCUAGUGGAAGUACAGAAUUAACAACACCUAUUUCUGAAACAACUAAAGAAAUACCAAUGACACCUUAUACUUCGGGACCGGCGCAAACAACAACACUUAAAAGUGAAUUGUACACCUCAGUUCCUAUUGAAAAUCAAACAACUACCACUACCGAAGCGGCUAAACCAGGAACAGUUUUUACAAGUAGACCACUUACGACGACAACUGAAAAAACGGAAUUAGUUUUUCCGGUUACAACAACCACAGAAAAGUUUGUUACAGUUACACCACAGUACCCGGAAGAAACGACUCGUUAUGUUACUCCUGAAAUAACAAAACUUGUUACUACGACUGGUAAAGUGUUGACCGAAGAGAUAACUACAGCAAGACAGGAACAAACGACAGAAUAUGUUGUAACAACAACGGUAAAACCGGCAUAUACAACUGAAACACCAGUAACUGUAGUUGGUUUACCUGAAACAACUCCAACUCCUAAAAGUAUUGUAACUGAGGAAAUAGUUACUGUGGGAAGUACAACAAAAUUGCCUGAAGGUACAACAGCAGAAGUAAUCGAAACAGGGGCUACAUUAGUAACUGUAGUUGGUUUACCUGAAACAACUCCUAAGAGUCUUGUAACUGAGGAAGUAGUUACCGUGGGGAGUACAACAAAAUUGAAUGAAGGUACAACAACAGAAGUAAUCGAAACAGGAGCUACACCAGUAACAGUAGCUGGUUUGCCUGCAACAACUCCUAAAAGUCUUGUAACUGAGGAGGUAGUUACCGUGGGAAGUACAACAAAAUUGCCUGAAGGUACAACAGCAGAAGUAAUCGAAACAGGAGCUACACCAGUAACUGUAGUUGGUUUAUCUGAAACAACUCCUAAAAGUCUUAUAACUGAGGAAGUAGUUACCGCAGGAAGUACAACAAAAUUGCAUGAAGGUACAACAGCAGAAGUAAUCCAAACAGGAGCUACACCAGUAACUGUAGUUGGUUUACCUGAAACAACUCCUAAAAGUUUUGUAACUGAGGAAGUAGUUACUGUGGGAAGUACGACAAUGCAACCAUUGCCUGAAGGCACAACAGCCGAAAUAAUCCAAACAGGAGCUACAGGAAUAAAAUACGUGCCAGAAACGACUACAAAAGAAAUUACUUCCCCAAUUAUGGUGCAAGAAGGCAGUACUGUUACUGUUCUAACUACUAAAGAAACUACACCAAUGUCGACUCAAUUAGUUUCAGAAAUAACAACGAAAUUGCCAGAAACAACACAGGCACAAGAAUUAACACCUGUUACUGUAGUUUCACCAGAAGCAACACAUGCUAUUGACACAAAAAAUGAAAGCGUUACACAGAUACAGACGACAGAAUUUGCUACUACGAGCAGUAAAUAUUUUACAGAGAAAAUACCAGAAAUAACUACUUCGAGUGUUACAACUCCUGAAACUAGUUAUAGUACACCAGAGCGGCUCACAACACGAAUCAAGUCAGAAUAUACAACAGAACCAAGUUCUGAGCCAUCUCAUACAGUUCAUAUUCCUGUUACGACAUUACGGUCUUUUACAGAGGGUACAUCAACAACAAAGAUGCAACAGGCAACAAUGGUAGGACUAACCACUGUUACCACGACUGGUUUACCUAAAACAACUGGAAAGACAUUUGUUACUGAAAUAGUAAAUGUAACUGGUGCGGAAGCAAGUACAACUGGAUAUAUUACUACCACAAGUUCAACUACUAAACCUUCCACAACGGAAAUUUCUAGUACUGAAAGUAUAACCACAAAGUACGUUCCCGAAGUAACAUCAGAAAUAACAACACCGGGCGUUACAACUUCUGGAAGUACCCCAGGAGGUUUGACGAAUCCAACUUUUAGACCUCUUACAACGCUAAUACCUGCUACUAUUGUUCCUUUAGCGGAAACAACAAGAUCAUUUGUUACUGAAGGAGAAAAUUUAAGUACUGUAGAAACAGGUACUACUGGCAAACCCUUUAUGGGAGAAACAACAUCAGAAAUACUAGAAAAAGUUAGUACAAUAGGUAAAUACGCACCAGAAACUACAACACUUCCUACUGAAACCACAACAGAAACAGUUAGUUCACCUGUUACCGUUCGCGAAAGAAUUUCUAGUACAAUUGAGACGUCUUCUGAAAGACUUGAAACAACUUUUGGAACUACAACAGUAAGAGGAAAGGAUAUCACUACAAUUGAAGCUGAUAGAGCAAUCACAACAGAAACAGUCACUACACCUGUUAGCGUCCCUGAAAGGAUUUCUAGUACAACAAUUUUAACAACAAAUUUGAUACCAGAAUACACAACUGGGACAAUUUCUAAAAAAUAUGAAACGACUUUCGUUCCAGUUGAAACUACAACACUAAGAGGAGAAGAAUUAACACCUGCUACUAUUGUUCCUUUACCUGAAACAACAGCGAAAUCAGUAGUUACUGAAAUUCAAAAUAUUAUUACUACAGGAGCUGGUACAACAGAAUUUAUUGCGGUAAGUAGUCCGAGUGGUAAACCUUUUACGGAAAGAACAGCAGCAGGGAUACCAGAAGAAAUGAAUACGGUAGGUGGUAUUACUAAAUACGUAUACGAAACUACUACAGCUGCAAAAGAAAUUACCACCGAGACAGUUAAUGUACGUGUUACCCUUCCUGAAACAGUUUCUCGUACACCAGGUGUUAUAACGACUGAGACUACUUCUCAAAGAUACGAAUCGACGUUUGUUCCAGUUGAAACUAUAACUGCAAAAGUGGGAGAAUUGACUCCUGCUACUAUCGUUCCUGAAACAACUACUAAAACAUUUGUAUCUGAAGUUAGUAACGCAACUGAAACAUCAAUUCCAGAAACAACAUUAAAAGUUACAGAAAAAGCGACAUCUCCGUCUGUACUAGGCAAUACAAAACCAACAACGGUUUCUGAAUAUGUUACUGUACAGGAAAUAACCGGAAUACCUACCAUAAAGAUAUAUACAAUUCCCGGCGAAGCCCAGAAAACAACUGAGAGCAGUGGAUUGACAAAACAAUCAACAACCUCCAAAGAAGAAUUACCACCUACCAGUUACAGUACUAAACAAUACACUGUCGGCACUACUAAGACAUUGCCUACAACCGAGAAAAGUGAAACCGAAAUAUCAGUCACAACGUCUGGAACGGAAAAAGGUGAAAUUCCUGGGUCAUUUACAACAUCUACACCUGAAAGAUAUAAAACCGUAGCCCCAAUAAGUACUGUUCAUACAUAUAUAUCAACUGAAAGGAAUCAAUUUCUUACGACCGAAUUCGAGACAAUAGCAACAGAAAAAACUACAAGCGGUUAUACUAGUCAUAUACCAACUGAAUUAUAUGUAACGACCGGUCUAACAAAAGCUCCUAAAGAAGAAAUUACAACUUCUGAAUAUACUACUAAGAUUUCGACUGAGUAUACAGCUAUUCCUACUGAAAAAACGACUAAAUAUUUAGAAACGGUUGUGCCUGAAAGCACGGUUAGUUCUGCUACCCGAGGAACAACAGAAACAUUUAUAUCAGAAAGUAUUACACCAGAAUACGUUACAAUGACUACUACAAAAGCUUCUGAAGAAACAACAAAGCCCGAGAGAGGUACUCCAGAAUUUAUGACAAGUCAAGGAAUAACGGAAACUCCUACACUUUAUACAAACCCAGUUACCACUACUGGAACUAAAAAAGAAACAACAAAACCUCCUGUAACAACUGUAGGAGAAACUUUUACAACUGGAAAAGAGUACACCUCAGCUUCUCCAAAAGAAAGUACCAUUUCAAUAAAAUACGUUACUGAACCAAAGUAUACAUUUGUUACUGAAACGGAAAAAACCGUUCCAACAAGUGAAGUAGUUCCUCAUGAAACGAUAACUACUUCGGGGACACCUACAGCAUUUACAGAAAAAUAUGUCACCAUACCUGGGGUAAAAGUUACUGAAACAGAAACAACUAAACCUCUAGAAAAAUACACAACCCCAAUAAUUUCAACUGUAGAAACUGUGAAGACUAGUAAAUCUUUUGAAACUACGCCUGAAAUAACUACAAGUGUAUAUUCAAAACCUACAACUUUGUCUACAGAAAAAAUUACUCCUGAAAUUAUAACUGGCAAGUAUAUUCCCACAACAGAGUAUUUUACACAAAAAACGACAUCUUUUUCUACUGGGUCAACACCUUUUGUAGGUACCACAACAGAAAAACACGUAACCGUCGUUACUGCAAGUGCGGAAUUACUAACGACCAAACCUAUUAUAACAAUAGGUACCACUGUAGGUUUAGAGACAGAAAAAUCAACAAAACCUUUAGAAAUAGUUUUAUCGGAAACAACUACUCUAGAAGUGCCAACAACAGAAAAAAUGCAAACAAAACCAACUGUAACUUUUGCUCCAGAAACGACGACAACAAACUAUACUGCAGGGAUUACAACAGAAGGGGUAAAAACUAGUGCUGAAUAUUUGACAAGUCAUCCAGAAACCGAAACAACAAAACCCGGGUUUUAUAGUACUCCAGUAAGCACUGUUUAUACAUCACCUAUUAAAACUGAAGUCACAACAAGUAAAGCAACCGAAUUUACUUCACCACCAAAAAUUGAAACGACAACUCAUGAAAAACCAAUAACUGAGUUUACUUCUCCUAUUAAAAUUGAAACUGCAACACCACCAACUGCAAUUUUUGUAACCGAAGGAAUUACUACUGAAUAUACGUCGCCAGUAAUUAAAACUAUUGGAACCACAACUGAAACAGAAGGAAAAACUUAUUCCACUACUGAACAAUUGUACACUUCUGCUACUGCUUCCAUUACUGAAAAAGGGACAACACCUGGUAUGAUUUCAAGUAGUCAGAAGCCAACCAAAGAGCCAGGAAAAUCAACAGAAUUUUCGAGGGUACCGAAGGUUACAGUUGUAACAGAACCUUCUAUUGGCAUAACAAUAACUUCAGAAAGAGUUACUGAACAUACUCCCAAAACACAAGCGACUGAAACACCUUCUUAUACCACAUCUUUAUUAGAAACAACAAGUAAGGCAAUAACCGAAGAACAAAUUGCUACUACGAAAGCAAUAACAGUUCCUCCAGAAGGAGAGAAGCCAAUCAUUGGAGGACCUACUAUUCCAGUAAUCGUGAUUGGACAAGAAACAACCCCAGGAUCCGUUACUAAACCUUCAAUUACUACAGAACUAGACGUUACAACUGAAAUACCAAGCCAAAAAGUAACUACGCUUGUAUCAACGGAAACUACAUCUGCAAAAGGAAAAGAACCAAUAACUGUUAUAACCGAAUAUACUACCUUAGAGGAAAGUACUCCUAAAAUUACUGAAGCAACAACCGUGCCAGUUGUGACUACAACACGAGGUGUAUUUACUCCUAUUUCUGUACCUCAAACGACGACAGAGUAUACAAAAGAAACUACUCAAACUCAAACCAACGAAUAUACGGAAAUUGUGACAAAAAAAGAAGGAACGACAUUACCGGGAGCUAAUUUAAUGACAGAAAUAACUACUGAAACUUCAACAGUGGGCAAAGAAUUAAAACCCACAACAACUUCUGAGGGUGUACCUGUUACUGAAAUCAAUGGAACUACAAUAAAAAGUACAACGUUACCAGUAAUGACAAAAGUUGUUACUGAAACUACUCCUAUAUUCACAACAGUUAAACAAGUAUCUACUACUACGGUACCAACAGAAACUACUGUAAUAUAUACAACUUUACCUGCAUUAACUUCUAUAAAAUUAGGAACAGGUAGUACUACAGAAUACACGACCCAACAAAUCAUACAUUCAAGUACUCAACCUGGAACAACAAUAUUAUCUGAAACAACUGAAGUUCCCGCACAAACGGAGACUAUUUCUAGCUUUGGCACUACAAUUAAAGCCUUUACAACUAGUACUAUUUCUAUAGAAACUGAGCAAACUAGUACCCAAACUACUCUCAGUGAAAAUUUGACUGGACAACCAAUUUCAAAAGUCACAACUGAAAGUACCACUGAAGUACCAACUCUUAAUUUAACAACACAGACAACCGAAGUUAGGUUUACUAUAACUUCUGAAGGUUACACAGAGACCACAACUGCUGAAACUUUAUUAAAUCAAACUGCGACUACUUCUAUUCCAAUCGAGACCUACACAGAACGGACUACUAACCUAACUAAUAUUUGCAAAUCGGACAUGGACUGUGCUCCAUUUGAAACAUGUCUAUGCCAGCAAUGCAUUAACAUUUGCGCAAUUGGUGGUCGUUGCGCUCCAAACGCAAUUUGUACAGCAGAAAACCACAAGGAAAUCUGCAUGUGUCCACCAGGAUACACAGGAGAUCCUAAAAGGAAUUGCUUGCAAGAACCACCCCACUCAAAAGCACCUAAACCAUGCGAAUCAGAUAUGGACUGUCUCGAAAGCGAGGCUUGUUACAUGUCGUUAUGUGAGGACCCUUGUGCGUUUACUAACGCCUGUGCGGACACUGCAAAGUGUCAAGUGAAAAUGCACAGGCCUAUAUGUACAUGUCCCAUGGGAUACGAAGGAAAUCCUGCGGUUAAGUGCUUCAAAUCCUCAACAAUAAGUUGCACCAACAACAACGAUUGUCCCCUGACUGAGGCUUGCAUCGGACAUGCUUGUCAAAGACCAUGCGACGUGCACAACCCUUGUGCCCAAAACGCAGUCUGUGUUAACACAAACCAUGGCUCGGAUUGUAGCUGCGCUGAGGGUUUUCAAGGAAACGGUUACGUUGGCUGUGUGCCAGUACACGAUUAUAAACCUAUUUGCCAAUACAACGAAGACUGCCCACCCAACAAACUCUGUGAUAGACUUAACAGGAUGUGUAUCAAUCCAUGCUUCGAGGAUUCGUGCGGGGAAAAUGCAGAAUGUUUGCCUAAAGACCACGGAAUUGAAUGUAGAUGCUUGCCAGGAUACCAAGGAAACCCUUACACCGUCUGCGAUCAAGUCUUGGGUUGCCGGUCUGACACUGAUUGCGCUCCUAACGAAGCUUGUAUCAACGGCCAGUGUGGCUCGCCUUGCCGUUGCGGCCCUUAUGCCAUUUGCGAAGUUCUCUAUCACAAACCAACAUGUAGAUGUCCACCGGGAUACGAAGGAAAUCCAGCCACGGGUUGUAGACCACCAGCAAAUCCAUGUGACCCUAAUCCCUGUGGUACUCACGCGUUGUGUGAAAUCGAUAAAGGCAGUGCUGUUUGCUUCUGUCCUAAGGGUUUGACCGGAAAUCCAUUUAUCAACUGCUUUCCAGAAGGUGACGAUUGCUCCCCCAACCCUUGUGGUCCUAAUUCUGGAUGUAAAGUCGUCGGUGGCAAAGCUGUUUGCUUCUGCUUACCCGAAUUUGAAGGCACUCCUCCUCAAACUCCUUGUGCCUUACCAGCAAACCCAUGCAAUCCAUCACCUUGUGGUCCCAACACCCAGUGCACAAUUCUGAGCAACGGUUUUGCCAAAUGUACUUGUCUUCCGGGCUAUUUGGAAAGUCCUAACACGAUUAGAGGCUGCGUCGAGCCUAAAAACCCAUGCGAGCCUAACACGUGUGGUCAAGGGGCACUUUGCGACCCGUUACGCGAACCUGCCUGUUACUGCCCAUAUGGGACAGUUGGAAAUCCUUAUAGAUUAUGUGCCGAGCCCCACGUCGCACCUAUGUUAUGUAGUCCCGGGCCUUGCGGACCAAAUGCCGAUUGUUACGUGUCAAAUAACCAAGAACAGUGUUACUGCCGUGCUGGUUUCAUCGGUGAUCCUUAUUCAGGAUGUAGAAUCGAACCUCCAAGUCCUUGUAUUCCUAAUCCAUGUGGUCCUGGGGCUCAAUGUGUAGUAUCUCCCGAUGGUAAAUCAAUGUGUCGUUGUCCGGAUGGUAUGGGGGGUGACCCAACGGGACCUGCAGGGUGUCACGGCUAUGAAUGCGUGGUUGAUGAUAAUUGUGCUGACCAUCAAGCUUGUAUGGGAUAUCGGUGUAGGGACCCUUGCCCUGGUUCGUGUGGAGUCAAUGCCCAUUGUCGCGUUGAGAAACACCAUCCUGUGUGUACCUGCGCGCCGGAAUUUACCGGAAAUCCCGUUAUUAGAUGUUUCCCGGUACCCAAGCCAAUGCCUGAACGAAAUCCAUGUUUGCCUAGUCCUUGUGGUCUUAAUACUGUAUGCCAAGUUGCCGGAAAUCGAGCCGUUUGUUCGUGCUUACCCGACUUCCAGGGAGAUCCCCAAACUGGAUGUAGACCUGAAUGCGUACUUAACUCUGAUUGUCCUAUCAACAAAGCUUGUCUUGAAAGACAUUGUGUUGACCCUUGCACUAUUACUAAUUUGUGCGGUUUGAACGCUUUGUGUCAAGUACGCGAUCAUACAGCCACCUGCGUCUGUCCUGAAGGCUUUAUGGGAGAUCCAUUCUACCAAUGUUUGCCAACACCGCCGGUACCACCAGUUGCUAACGUAUCUAAACCGUGUUUGCCUUCACCUUGCGGUACUAACAUCGAAUGUAACAACUACGGCGGUCAGGUGGCCAUUUGUGACCCUUGCUUAGGCCCUGACGCUCCUUGGAACCCACAAUGUCGACCCGAAUGUCUCACUAACGCCGAUUGUCCCUUUAAUAAGGCUUGUUUGGGGUCUGUUUGUGCUGAUCCUUGUCCCGGUUCGUGCGGAGUGAAUGCUUUGUGUACUGUUAUCAACCACACACCGGCUUGUAGCUGUCCGCAAGGUCUAGUAGGAAACCCAUUCGAGCAUUGUUCAGUCCCAACAAAACCACAAGACAGAACCGAUACUUGCGAAAACGUGCGGUGUGGCGCCAACGCGCUCUGUAAGCAACAGAACCGAGCUUUGGCUUGUGUCUGCAAGAAAGGUUUCUACGGCAAUCCGUGGAUUGCCUGUCGACCUGAAUGUGUCAUCAACCCCGACUGUCCCCUCGACAAGGCUUGCAUUAACAGUAAAUGCGUCGAUCCUUGUGCUGGUGUUUGUGGAGUUGGAGCCCAAUGUGAAACCAUAAAUCAUAUUCCGAUCUGUUACUGUCCGCCUCAACACACCGGCGAUCCCUUCGUCACGUGUUACCCCUUCAAACCCCCAGCGCCUCCACUAGUCGUAAUCCCGGGCAAUCCUUGUGACCCUUCACCCUGUGGCCCUUACAGUCGGUGUCUAGUCUCGUCGCAAGGCUUCGCAACUUGCUCAUGUCUUCCGAAUUAUCAUGGCGCAGCUCCGGCAUGUAAACCUGAAUGUAUUGUGAGCUCGGAAUGUCCACAAACUCAAGCUUGCAUCAACCAGAAAUGUUCCGAUCCUUGUCCCGGCAUCUGCGGCAGUAACGCCCUUUGUACCGUCAUCAAUCACAAUCCUAUUUGCAGUUGUUCACCAGGCCUUCAAGGCGAUCCUUUUGUCAAUUGCUACCAACCACCACCUAUUGAAGAACCUCGAGUACCGACUAACCCAUGUAGUCCAUCUCCUUGUGGUCCUAAUUCAAUUUGUCAAGUUAAAAAGAACAGACCGGUUUGUUCCUGUAGCCCAAAUUAUAUUGGAAGCCCGCCGUAUUGUCGUCCUGAAUGCGUUAUUAGUCAAGAGUGUCCCAAAAACCGGGCCUGUGUCAAAGAAAAGUGUGUCGAUCCCUGUAUUGACACGUGUGGGCCUAAUGCGAAGUGCGACGUUGUUAAUCAUACGCCGUUCUGUAGUUGUUUGCAAGGAUAUGAAGGCGAUGCUUUUGUUGGAUGUUCUGAAAUCCCUGUCAUACCUAAAGACCCAUGUAAUCCCUCACCUUGUGGCGAAAACGCCCAAUGUACUGUAGCAAAUGGGGCGGCGAGAUGUAGUUGUAUACCUCCUUAUAUCGGAAACCCUUACGCUGGUGGCUGUAGACCAGAAUGUACCAUCAAUGCGGACUGUCCUACCCACUUAGCUUGUCUGAGUCAACACUGCCGAAACCCUUGUCAAGGUUUAUGCGGAGCUAGGGCUGAAUGUAACGUCGUUAAUCAUGUACCAGUGUGUACUUGUGCCCGAGGCCUAAUUGGGGAUCCUUUCACCUCUUGUCGGGAAGCGCCACCUGAACCACCCAAAAACCCAUGCGAGCCUUCGCCCUGUGGCCCCAAUAGCAUAUGCCGAGUCAAGGGCAACCAAGCUGUGUGUUCCUGCCAAGUCGGGUACUUCGGAGCACCUCCACUAUGCCGACCUGAAUGUCUAGUCAGUAGUGAAUGUAGUCAACACCAAGCUUGUAUCGCUCAAAAAUGCCAAGACCCGUGUCCAGGAGCGUGUGGUUACAACGCCAGAUGCCAAGUCGUAAAUCACAACCCAAUCUGUAGCUGCCCGCCCAACUACAUUGGAGAUCCUUUCGUUCAGUGCAAUCGAGAAGAACCCAAAACCGAACCACCGAAACCGGUCAGUCCGUGUAUACCGUCACCUUGCGGUGCCAACGCUGAGUGUCGCCCCGUUGACGAUCGACCGGUUUGUUCGUGUCUCGCUGGUAUGUUGGGUGCUCCACCAAACUGCCGACCCGAGUGCGUUAUCAACCAAGAUUGUCCUUCACAUCUUGCGUGUGUUAGCAACAAGUGUAAAGAUCCGUGUGCCGGGUCGUGCGGUUAUAACGCUCAGUGUAACGUGUUUAACCAUCAACCGACGUGUACUUGUCUUUCUGGGUAUGAAGGUGAUCCAUUCUCAGGCUGCACAGCAAUUCAAGUUAUUGAAGAGCCUAGAAAUCCUUGCAACCCCUCACCAUGUGGGGCUAAUGCUGUUUGCAAAGAGCGCAACGGUGCUGGUUCUUGUACUUGCGUGCAAAAUUAUUUCGGUGAUCCUUAUGCCGGAUGUAGACCUGAAUGUGUAAUGAAUAAUGACUGUCCGCAUGACAAAGCAUGUCUCGGGAUGAAAUGUCGGGACCCUUGUCCUGGUAGCUGUGGCCUUAACGCGGAAUGUAAAGUUAUAAAUCACAAUCCUCAAUGUUACUGUUUGCCGGGUUAUACUGGAAAUGCUCUAAACCUUUGCCGGGAAGUUCCAGCCAGUAAGACAACUGUAGACUAUCCUAAUCAUCACGUUAACCCUUUCUUCGUAGUUACAUACGAAGAACCUCGCAGAAACCCUUGUAUACCUUCCCCCUGUGGCCCCAACAGUAUCUGUAGAGUACAAAACGACAGACCGGUUUGUUCUUGUUCUGCCGGUUAUUUGGGCGCUCCACCAAAUUGCAGACCUGAAUGUGUUGUAAAUUCUGAGUGUCCUUUAGACAAAGCUUGUUUCACUCAAAAAUGUACAGACCCCUGCCCUGGCACUUGUGGGUACAACGCGCUAUGUAAAGUGGUCAACCACAACCCGAUUUGUAGUUGCCCUCCCGGCUAUGAGGGUGAUCCUUUCACCAGAUGUAUUGUAACCAUAACUCCACCUGUAGUCGAAGAAAAGAAUCCUUGUAUCCCUUCACCAUGUGGGCAAUUUGCUGAAUGUCGCGUGUCAAAUAAUAGGCCUGUAUGUUCAUGUUUACCAAAUUAUUUCGGGCAACCACCCAACUGCAGACCCGAGUGCGUUAUUAAUUCAGAUUGUUCACUGACCAAAACGUGUCAAAACGAACGUUGUGUUGACCCUUGCCCCGGCUCUUGCGGCGUAAACGCUGAAUGUAGAACGAUCAAUCAUUCACCAGUUUGUUACUGCUUGCAAGGUUUCACUGGAGACCCAUUUUCAGGAUGUCAACAAAUCGUGGUUGUGGAAGAACCUAAACAUCCAUGCAACCCAUCACCUUGUGGAGCUAACGCAGUUUGUCGUGAACUGAAUGGCGCAGGGUCAUGCACAUGCGUUCAGGAUUACUUCGGUGAUCCUUAUUCCGGUUGCAGGCCCGAAUGUGUGACAAAUUCGGAAUGUCCGCGAGAUAAAUCGUGUGUCAACAAUAAAUGUAAAGAUCCUUGUCCUGGAACUUGUGGUCUAAAUGCUGAAUGUAGAGUGUAUAAUCAUGCCCCGUCUUGUAACUGCCUGCCAGGAUACACUGGAAAUGCUUUACGAUCAUGUCACCUUCCACCUCCACUUCCACCUCCACGAGAAUCGAACCCUUGUGAACCUUCACCUUGUGGGCCUUAUAGCCAAUGUCGGGCCUUAGGCACAGAUGCCGUUUGCUCUUGCCAAGCAAACUAUAUCGGAAGGCCUCCAUCUUGUCGCCCCGAAUGCACAGUUAGUACCGAUUGCAUGCAAGACAAGGCUUGUAUUAAUCAGAAAUGUCGAGAUCCUUGCCCUGGAACAUGUGGUUUAAACGCUCGGUGUAACGUAAUCAAUCAUAACCCGAUUUGUAGCUGUUCACCCGGAUUUGAAGGAGAUCCCUUUGUUAGAUGCGUACCAAUACCAAAACAACCAGUUGUCGAACCUAGUGGCAACCCUUGCGUUCCUUCACCUUGCGGCCCCAACUCACAAUGUCGCGUCGUCGGUUCACAACCCGCAUGUUCUUGUCUACCUAACUACAUCGGUCGGUCUCCAAACUGUCGCCCUGAAUGUACCAUAAACGCCGAAUGUCCCAGCAACUUGGCUUGUAUUAAUGAGAGAUGUCGAGAUCCUUGUCCGGGUUCGUGCGGAGUUUUGAGUACUUGCACCGUUGUUAAACACUCACCAGUGUGCCAGUGUGAGGUUGGCCACACUGGAGAUCCUUUUGCCGGCUGCUCUCCCAUCCCACAAAUCGCCCCCGAACCUGUGAAUCCAUGCAACCCAUCACCUUGCGGCGCGAAUGCUGUUUGUAAAGAACGGAACGGAGCAGGAUCUUGUACUUGUUUACCGGAGUAUUUCGGCGAUCCUUACUCCGGCUGUAGACCCGAAUGUGUCAUAAAUACCGAUUGUCCGCGUGAUAAGGCAUGUAUUAAUAAUAAAUGUAAAAAUCCUUGUCCGGGAACAUGCGGGCUGAACGCCGAAUGCAUUGUGGCCAAUCAUGCCCCAUCUUGUUCCUGUCUAGUUGGCUAUACUGGGAAUCCAUCUGUUGCAUGCCACUUACCUCAACCUAUUGUGGUUGAGCAACCCAAAACUGAGCCUUGCCAACCGUCGCCGUGCGGUCCUUACAGUCAAUGUCGGGUUGUAAAUGGACAUGCGGUCUGUUCGUGUCAAGCAAAUUACAUCGGAUCACCUCCGAUGUGCAAACCAGAAUGCAUGAUUUCGGCCGAUUGCCCGUUAGACAAAGCUUGCAUUAAUACGAAAUGCCAAGAUCCUUGUCCUGGCACUUGUGGACUUAACGCCCGAUGCCAAGUUAUUAAUCAUAAUCCGAUUUGUAGUUGUCCGGCUGGUUUUUCAGGUGAUCCUUUCGUCCGCUGUUUACAAGAACCUGUAGCAAAACCGGCCCCACCUGAAAACCCAUGUGUUCCCUCACCUUGCGGUCCUAAUUCUCAAUGUAGAGUCCUCGGUAACACACCGGCUUGUUCUUGCCUUCAAAAUUACAUCGGCAGACCACCGAAUUGUCGCCCCGAAUGUACAAUUAACUCAGAAUGCCCUGGUAAUAGGGCAUGUCAGAAUGAACGUUGUGUGGACCCGUGCCCCGGGUCCUGUGGGGCUUUUGCCGAUUGUGUUGUUAUCAGUCAUAGAUCAGUUUGUUCUUGCAAAGUUGGAUACACUGGUGAUCCUUUUGCCGGAUGUAAUCUCAUUCCUAUCACCCAACCUGUUGAAGAACCACGAAAUCCAUGCAACCCAUCUCCUUGUGGCGCUAAUGCCGUUUGCAAAGAGCGAAACAGUGUUGGAUCUUGUACUUGUUUACCUGAAUACUUUGGAGAUCCAUAUACCGGCUGUAGGCCCGAAUGUGUAACAAAUUCGGACUGUCCACGUGAUAAAGCUUGCAGUAAUAAUAAAUGUAGAGACCCUUGUCCUGGCCUUUGUGGCCUUAAUGCCGAAUGUAGAGUCAAUAAUCAUGCUCCUUCGUGUUCAUGCCUCCCUGGAUAUACUGGAAAUCCGCAAACAUCAUGCCACCUACCUCCUCCUAAAUUUGAGGAACCUAAAGGCAAUCCUUGCGUACCGUCACCUUGUGGACCAUAUAGUAACUGUAAAGUAAUAAAUGAUCACGCUGUAUGUUCUUGCCAGCCCAAUUAUAUCGGGGCACCUCCGUCUUGCAAACCUGAAUGUAUGGUCAGUGCUGACUGUGCUCAGAAUCGGGCUUGUAUAAAUACUAAAUGCCAAGAUCCUUGCCCUGGCACUUGUGGAAUCAAUGCCAGAUGCCAGAUCGUGAAUCAUAAUCCGAUUUGUAGUUGCCCUGAAAAUUAUGUUGGUGAUCCUUUUGUACGCUGUGUACUGCAACCAAAACCAACUGUUCCCGAACCUACUGGCGACCCUUGUGUUCCUUCCCCUUGUGGAUUAAAUUCCCAAUGUCGGGUUAUCGGAACUCAAGCUGCGUGCUCUUGUCUACCUGAUUAUAUCGGCCGACCUCCUAAUUGCCGACCUGAAUGUACUAUAAAUGCUGAAUGCCCGGGAAAUCUUGCAUGUCAGAACGAGAAAUGUAAAGACCCUUGCCCUGGUUCUUGUGGAUCUAGUACGACUUGUACUGUAGUUAAACAUUCUCCUAUCUGUGUCUGUAUUUCUGGAUAUACUGGUGAUCCGUUUACUGGCUGUUCUCCUCUUCCACCUCCAACACCUGUCACAGAACGACCCGCAAAUCCUUGCAAUCCGUCACCUUGUGGCGCUAAUGCCAUUUGCAAAGAACGAAACGGUGCUGGAUCUUGUACUUGUUUACCGGAAUAUUUCGGAGAUCCUUAUUCCGGUUGUAGACCAGAAUGUGUCACAAACUCGGAUUGCGACCGCAGCAGAGCUUGUGUUAAUAACAAAUGCGUUGAUCCUUGUCCUGGAACAUGUGGAAUAAACGCCGAAUGUCGGGUUAUCAAUCACGCACCGUCUUGUAGUUGCAUUCCGGGUUAUACGGGAGAGCCACUUAGAAAUUGCAUUUUAAUACAACCUACUGAAGAAGAACCGCCUCAAAACCCUUGCCAGCCCAGCCCAUGUGGUCCUUACAGUCAAUGUCGCGAAGUAAACAAUCACGCGGUUUGCUCAUGCCAACAAAAUUAUAUUGGAACGCCCCCCAUGUGUAGGCCCGAAUGUAUAGUCAGUUCUGAAUGUUCACAAGAUAAAGCUUGCUCGAACCAAAAAUGCGUGAAUCCUUGCCGAUCUGAGGCCACUCCUUGUGGUUUUAACGCGGAUUGUCGUGUUGUCAACCACAACCCUAUUUGCAGUUGCAUACCUGGCUUUACUGGAGAUCCUUUUACUCGUUGCUCUCGUAUUGAACUACCUCCGCCUCAAAGGAAUGACACAAAUCCUUGUAUACCUUCACCAUGUGGACCAAAUUCUCAAUGUAGAGUUGUUGGUACCCAACCUGCAUGCUCUUGUUUACAAAAUUAUGUCGGGCGGCCUCCAAACUGCCGACCUGAGUGUAUUAACGACUCUGAAUGUCCCAAUUACAAAGCAUGCAAAAAUGAGAAAUGUGUUGACCCUUGCCCGGGUACUUGUGGUACCAAUGCACAAUGUACUGUUGUUAAUCAUAGCCCAGUCUGUUCUUGCUUCCCGGGGUAUACUGGUGAUCCUUUCUCUUCUUGUACAUUGCCACCUCCGCCAUCCACUGAACGUUCACCACCUGCAACUCCAUGCUUUCCAUCACCCUGUGGUCCGAACGCCGAAUGUCGUGAGAAAAACGGAGCCGGUGCUUGUCUCUGUUUGCCAGGAUAUCAAGGAGACCCAUACGAUAGUAACAGAGGAUGUCGACGAGAAUGCGAAGUCAAUACUGACUGUGCCCCAGCUCUGGCUUGUGUCGCCUACAAAUGUGUCGAUCCUUGUCCUGGUACUUGUGGCACUUUCGCCGAAUGUCGUGUGAACAACCAUGUGCCAACAUGCAAUUGCCCAGCCGGUUUCACAGGAGAUCCAUUCUUCCAAUGCAAAGAAUUACCACCGCAGCCACCACCAAGACCUCAAAAUCCAUGCAAUCCAUCACCUUGUGGUCCUAAUAGCCAGUGUAGAAAUGUCAAUGAACAAGCUGUGUGUUCGUGUUUGCCAAAUUUCAUUGGUGCGCCCCCCAACUGUCGGCCUGAGUGCAUUGUCAGCUCGGAAUGCUCCUCAGACAAGGCUUGCAUCAACCAAAAAUGUGGAGACCCUUGCCCCAACACAUGUGGGCUUGGGGCUCAGUGCAGCACUAGGAACCAUAGUCCGAUUUGUGCUUGUCCUCCUGGAUUUACCGGAGAUCCGUUCACUAAAUGUUCACCACAAGUCGUUGUUCCUGAACCAACAACCGAGCGACCUCCAUCAUGCGUUCCAUCGCCAUGCGGACCCAAUUCGCAAUGCCAGAUCAGUGGGGGUGUUCCGUCAUGCUCUUGUCUACCUAAUUACAUCGGUGCUCCCCCCAACUGUCGUCCUGAAUGUACCAUCAGCUCGGAAUGUGGCAGUCCUCUCGCUUGCAUCAACCAGAAAUGCCGUGACCCUUGUCCUGGUUCCUGUGGUUCCAGUGCAAAAUGCCACGUUUUGAACCACAUCCCUAUAUGUACUUGCGAAGACGGCUACACUGGCAAUCCGUUCGUCCAAUGUACUCCUGUACCACCAGUAACCGAACCGCCGGUACCUCGAGACCCAUGCAACCCAUCACCGUGUGGUCCCAACGCCCAAUGUAACAACGGUAUUUGUACAUGUUUGCCAGAGUUCACCGGAAAUCCGUACGAGGCUUGCCGGCCGGAAUGCGUGAUCAGCGGUGAAUGUAGCAGAGAUAAGGCUUGUAUCAGAAACAAAUGUGUGGAUCCUUGCCCUGGAACAUGUGGUGCGAACGCGAGAUGUGAUGUUAUUAAUCACAUUCCGACAUGUUCUUGCCCUGAUGGAUACACUGGAGAUCCAUUUACCAAUUGCCGAGUCUCUGAACCAAGGCAACCAGAACCCACGGAUCCAUGCAACCCAUCACCAUGUGGACCUAACAGUCAAUGUAAAAACAUUAAUGAUCACGCUGUAUGUUCGUGUCUUCAAGGAUACGUGGGAGCACCACCGUCAUGUCGGCCCGAGUGUGUCGUCAGUGCUGAAUGUGCCCUAACUAAGGCUUGUGUCAAUGCGAAAUGUGUUGAUCCUUGUCCUGGAUCAUGUGGAUUGUCCGCUCGCUGUGAAGUUAUCAAUCAUAGUCCAAUUUGCAGUUGCCCUGAAGGCCAAACUGGUGAUCCAUUCCAAAGUUGUCGCCUUAUCCCACCUCCGCCUUCAACUCCAGCGCCUGUUCCACUCGACCCUUGCGUACCUUCCCCUUGUGGACCGAAUUCAAUCUGUCGCCGGGUCGGAGACACUCCCUCUUGCAGUUGUGCCCCUGAUUAUACUGGAAGCCCGCCAAACUGUCGCCCAGAAUGUGUGAUAAACCCCGAUUGUCCAAGCACUUUGGCUUGUAUUAACAAUAAAUGUAAAGAUCCAUGUCCUGGCAGUUGUGGAAUCAAUACCGAAUGUCGAGUGAUAAGUCAUGCUGUCUCAUGUUCGUGCUCUCCCGGAUUUGUGGGCAAUCCCUUCGUACAGUGUACAAUUCAGGAGAUGGAACCGGUUAAUCCUUGUGAACCAUCACCAUGUGGUUCUAACGCGGUUUGUACCGAAAGGAAUGGCGUUGGUUCAUGCAGGUGUAUAGAUGACUAUCAAGGAAAUCCCUACGAAGGGUGCCGACCAGAAUGCGUCUUAAGUUCAGAUUGCCCGACUAAUAAAGCUUGCAUCAGAAAUAAAUGUGGGGAUCCUUGCCCCGGAAUUUGUGGACAGAACGCUCAAUGCUCAGUUAUCAAUCAUGUACCAACAUGUACCUGCAUAGGAGAUUUUGUUGGAGAUCCUUUCACCGGUUGCACACCCCCACCACCGGUCACGGAACCUACUGUUUACGAACCUUGCAACCCCAGCCCUUGCGGCCCUUACAGCCAAUGUCGCAACGUUAACGAACAAGCCGUGUGUUCCUGUCUGCCCGAAUACACAGGAUCGCCCCCCAACUGCAAACCCGAAUGCGUGGUCAGUUCCGAAUGUCCUCAAAAUCGUGCGUGCCAUAAAUUCAAAUGUGCCAAUCCUUGUGCCGGUACUUGCGGUGUCGGUGCUCGAUGCGAAGUCAUCAACCAUAACCCCAUCUGUAGUUGCCCAUCAGGUCUAACAGGAGAUCCAUUCCUAAGAUGUUACGAAUUACCACCGCCACCACCGGUACCACUACCCAAACCGGUAAAUCCAUGCCAACCAUCGCCGUGUGGCCCCAACUCAGUGUGUAGACCCGUUGGAGACCAACCCUCAUGUUCAUGUCUUCCGAAUUAUACCGGAGCACCACCUAAUUGCAGACCUGAAUGUGUUGUCAAUACAGACUGUCCUUCAAAUUUGGCGUGUAUUACGGAGAAAUGUAGAGAUCCUUGUCCUGGUUCUUGUGGUUUUAAUGCAGAAUGCAGAGUUCAGAACCACAUACCAAUUUGUAGCUGCAUUGCUGGAAUGGUCGGCGAUCCCUUCACCCAGUGCAAAGCUGAAGAACAACCUAGACCAGAGCCACCGAGACCAAGUGACCCAUGUAACCCAUCACCUUGUGGAGCCAACACGUUAUGUCGGGAUGGUAUUUGUUCCUGCCUCCCGGAAUACUUUGGAGAUCCAUUUUCGAUUAGUGGCUGUCGACCAGAGUGUACCAUGAACACUGACUGCUCUCCCAACAAAGCUUGCGUCAAUCUUAAAUGCAUCGACCCAUGCCCUGGUACCUGUGGCCAAGAGGCUGUUUGUGACGUCGUCAACCACAUCCCAACGUGUACUUGCCCUCCCGGCUACGAAGGCGAUCCAUUCACGAGUUGUAGACCCGUCAAAAAGGAACCACCUCGUGACCCAUGCAAUCCAUCACCCUGCGGGCCCAACAGUCUUUGUAGAGUCAAUAAUGGAGUCGCGGUUUGCUCUUGCCAACCUGGCCUCAUCGGCUCACCUCCAAGUUGCCGCCCUGAAUGCAUCGUCAGCGCCGAAUGCCCCCUUACCAAGGCUUGUCUCAAUAACAAAUGUGUUGACCCAUGCCCUGGAACGUGCGGAAUCAACGCUAAAUGCCAAGUGGUCAAUCACAACCCGAUCUGCAGCUGUAUCGAAGGCAUGUCUGGAGAUCCUUUCACCAGAUGUACUCAAAUCAUUGAACGCAAACCCGAAAAUCCGUGCGUGCCGAGUCCGUGUGGUCCGAAUUCAAUUUGCCAAGUCCGGGGUGAAAGUCCGGCUUGCUCGUGUCGCGAAAAUUACGUGGGAGUGCCGCCGAAUUGUCGACCGGAGUGUACGAUCAACCCGGAAUGCUCCAGUGCGACGGCGUGUAUUAAUCAAAAGUGUCGCGAUCCGUGCCCCGGAAGUUGCGGACAAAAUGCCGUGUGUAAUGUGGUUAAUCACAAUCCAGUGUGCAAGUGUAAUCCAGGAUUUGAAGGAGAUCCGUUUGUGAGAUGCGUGCCUAUCGUCAUGCCAGUUCAAAUCCCUACUGAAGUUUUGACCCCCUGUGCGCCAUCUCCAUGCGGUGCUAAUGCGAUUUGUAAAGAACGAAAUGGCGCUGGUUCUUGUAUUUGUGCUGUGGAUUAUAUUGGAAACCCAUACGAGGGUUGUAGGCCUGAAUGUGUCCACAAUUCGGAUUGUUCCCCUAGUAAAGCGUGUACUAGGAAUAAGUGUAUUGACCCUUGUCCUGGCACUUGUGGUCAAAAUGCCCAAUGCCAGGUUAUAAAUCAUGCACCGUCAUGUACUUGUAUUCCUGGAUAUACCGGUGAUCCCUUCAGAUUUUGUAACUUGCCACCAGAACCCCAAAAAGAUGUUAUCCCAACAAAUCCGUGCCAACCUAGUCCUUGCGGCCCCAACAGCCAAUGCCGAGAAGUAAACGGUCAAGCAGUUUGUUCGUGUUUGCCCACUUAUAUCGGCAGUCCUCCCGGAUGUAGACCAGAAUGUGUGGUCAGUUCAGAAUGCGCCUCCAAUAAGGCUUGUAUCAACCAAAAAUGUUCAGACCCUUGUCCUGGUACUUGUGGAGUGUCCACUAACUGCCAAGUCAUCAAUCAUAGUCCAAUUUGUACUUGUCUGCCAGCAUAUACGGGUGAUCCUUUCUCUCGUUGUUACCCAAUUCCACCACCUCCGGUAGAAAUCAAACCAUCACCACCAACAAACCCCUGUUUACCGUCCCCCUGUGGACCCAACUCGCAAUGCCGCGACAUUGGAGGCUCCCCCUCUUGCUCUUGUCUACCAGAAUUUAUCGGAAAUCCGCCCAACUGUCGGCCGGAAUGUGUUCAAAAUCACGAAUGCCCGAGCAAUUUAGCUUGUAUUCGUAACAAGUGCAAAGACCCCUGUCCUGGAUUAUGUGGAGUGUCGGCGGAAUGUCGCAUACUUAACCACGUUGCAAUUUGUGUUUGUCCUGAACGUUUUACUGGAGACCCUUUCAGCAAUUGUUAUCCCAAACCACAAGAAGCUGAGCCCGUUGUACAGAAAGAUCCUUGUAAUCCUUCGCCAUGUGGAUCAAACGCUCAGUGCAAUAAUGGAAUAUGUACUUGUCUACCAGAGUAUCAAGGAGAUCCCUACAGGGGUUGUAGACCUGAAUGUGUCCUCAGUGAUGAUUGUCCACGAGACAAGGCUUGUCGCAGGAAUAAAUGUAUAGAUCCUUGUCCUGGAACAUGUGGGCAAGGAGCAGUGUGUAUUGUUACGAAUCAUAUUCCUAUGUGCAGCUGCCCCCCUGGUUAUACAGGAAAUGCAUUCGUACAGUGCAGAAUUUUAGAAACACCCCCAAAACGCAACCCUUGCAACCCUUCACCUUGUGGCCCUAAUAGCCAGUGUCGCGAAAUAAAUGGCCAAGCUGUAUGUUCCUGCGUGCCAGGUUUUAUCGGAAGUCCCCCAUCCUGUCGACCUGAAUGUAUUACAAGCUCAGAAUGUCCGUUAACCCAAGCUUGCAUCAACCAAAAAUGUGUAGAUCCUUGUCCUGGAACUUGCGGUUUGAGUGCAAAGUGCCAAGUUAUUAAUCACAACCCGAUCUGUAGUUGCCCUCCUGACUACACCGGAGACCCUUUCACUAGAUGUUUCCCCAAACCACAAGAGGAGCCCCCUAAAAUUCCAACAAACCCCUGUCAACCGUCGCCCUGCGGCCCGAACUCUCAAUGCAAACCGGUUGGUGAAUCUCCUUCUUGCUCUUGUCUCCCCGAAUUCAUCGGUUCUCCUCCUAACUGUCGCCCUGAAUGCGUUACAAAUAGUGAAUGUGCCCUAAAUCUAGCUUGUAUCAAUCGAAAAUGUACAGAUCCUUGUCGUGGUACUUGCGGAGCUAAUGCAGAAUGUCGUGUGGUAAACCACGCACCAAAUUGUGCUUGUUUACCGGAGUUUGAAGGAGAUCCGUUCGUACAAUGUGUCCCAAGACCGCCACCCCCACCCGAACCUGUAAACCCAUGUGUACCAUCACCUUGUGGUUCCAAUGCGGCUUGUAAAGAGAGAAAUGGGGCAGGAUCGUGUGUUUGUCUACCUGAAUAUGUAGGAAAUCCAUAUGAAGGGUGUAGGCCUGAAUGUGUUUUGAGCUCAGAUUGUCCAUUAAAUAAGGCGUGUGUUCGCAAUAAGUGUGUUGAUCCGUGUCCAGGAACAUGUGGACAAAACGCCCAAUGUCAAGUUAUUAACCAUGCACCAUCUUGUACUUGUAAUCCAGGCUAUACGGGUGAUCCGUUCAGAUAUUGUAACGAACCACCAGAACCCUUGAAAGAUGAAACUCCUAAAAAUCCAUGUCAACCUAGCCCCUGUGGCCCUAACAGCCAAUGUCGCGAAGUGAACGGACAAGCAGUUUGCUCGUGUUUGCCCAAUUAUGUUGGUAGUCCACCAGGUUGUCGCCCUGAAUGCAUGGUCAGCUCCGAAUGUACCCUUAAUAAAGCCUGUAUUAAUCAGAAAUGUGCUGAUCCCUGUCCUGGCACUUGUGGCUUGAACGCCAAUUGUCAAGUUAUCAACCAUAGCCCAAUUUGUAGCUGCCGUUCUGGCUUCACUGGCGAUCCUUUCAUCCGAUGUUUGCCAAUACCACCACCCCCGGUUGAACCACCUAAACCAGUUAUAACCAAUCCGUGUGUACCCAGCCCAUGCGGGCCCAACUCACAAUGUCGUGACGUAGGUGGUUCACCUUCAUGUUCAUGUUUGCCCACAUUUAUGGGAUCACCACCAAAUUGCCGUCCAGAAUGCACUAUAAAUUCGGAAUGUGCAAGUAACUUGGCUUGCAUUAAUAGUAAAUGUAGAGAUCCUUGCCCAGGAUCGUGUGGAACUGGGGCUCAGUGUAGUGUUAUCAAUCAUACCCCAAUUUGCACUUGUAUAGAAGGCUAUACGGGUGACCCGUUCACGUAUUGUCAGCCCAAACCGCAAGAAAUCGAACCGAUUAAAACCGACCCUUGCAAUCCAUCACCUUGUGGCUCAAAUGCACGGUGCGAUAAUGGAAUUUGCACGUGUUUACCCGAAUAUCAGGGAGAUCCCUACCGAGGUUGCCGGCCUGAAUGUGUUUUGAAUAGUGAUUGUCCGAGGAAUAGAGCGUGCUUGAGAAAUAAAUGUCAGGAUCCUUGUCCUGGCACUUGUGGCCAAAAUGCCGAAUGUUCAGUCGUUAAUCACAUCCCAAUUUGUACUUGCAUUCAAGGACAUAUCGGGAAUGCCUUUAUUGCGUGUUCACCCAUUCCAGCCGAAAGACCCAAAAAUCCAUGCAACCCUUCGCCUUGUGGCCCCAACAGUCAAUGUAGGGAGAUAAACGGUCAAGCGGUUUGUUCUUGUGUCCCUGGUUAUAUUGGUACUCCUCCCACUUGUCGCCCUGAAUGUGUCACAAGCUCGGAAUGUCCCUUGAACGAAGCUUGUGUCAACCAGAAAUGUAUUGAUCCUUGCCCUGGAACGUGCGGCUUGAAUGCCAAAUGCCAGGUUGUCAAUCAUAAUCCGAUUUGUAGCUGUCCUCCCGAUUACACUGGCGAUCCCUUCGUUAGAUGUUUACCAAAACCGCAAGAAGAACCCGUGGUCACAAAUCCGUGCCAACCUUCACCUUGUGGCCCCAAUUCACAAUGCAAAGAAAUAAACGAUUCACCAUCUUGCUCUUGUUUACCCGAAUUUAUCGGAUCGCCACCUAAUUGCCGACCAGAAUGUGUCAGCAAUAGCGAAUGUGCAAGUCAUUUGGCGUGUAUUAAUCGUAAAUGUGUUGAUCCUUGCCCUGGCACUUGUGGUCAAAAUGCAGAAUGUCGAGUCAUUAGCCACACACCGAACUGUGUUUGCAUCCCGGGUUAUAUAGGAGAUCCUUUUGCUCAAUGUACGGUACCACCAACUCCAGCUCAGGAAAUUCUAACUCCUUGUAACCCCUCACCAUGUGGUGUGAACGCUCAGUGUAAGGAGCGCAAUGGUGCUGGGUCUUGUGUUUGCAAUCCUGAAUACAUUGGAAAUCCUUACGAGGGUUGUCGACCGGAAUGCACCCUCAAUUCAGAUUGUCCUUCCAAUAAAGCUUGCAUACGAAAUAAAUGCCAAGAUCCAUGCCCUGGAACGUGUGGUCAAAAUGCCAAUUGUCAAGUUAUCAAUCACUUACCUUCUUGUACUUGUAUUCCCGGCUACACGGGUGAUCCCUUCAGAUAUUGUAACUUACCACCAGAACCUGUGAAAGACGAAACACCUACAAACCCAUGCCAGCCUAGCCCUUGUGGCCCUAAUAGCCAAUGUCGAGAAGUCAACAACCAAGCUGUUUGCUCGUGUUUGCCUAAUUAUGUUGGAAGUCCACCCGGUUGUAGACCCGAAUGUGUAGUCAGUUCAGAAUGUGCCAAAAACAAGGCUUGUCUUAAUCAGAAAUGUGUCGACCCUUGUCCUGGCACUUGUGGUCUCAAUACAAACUGCCAGGUUAUCAAUCACAGUCCAAUAUGUAGCUGCACAUCUGGAUUCACAGGAGAUCCAUUCGCUAGAUGUUACCCUAUCCCACCCCUACCACCUGAACCAGUCAAACCCGUAGUGACAAACCCCUGUGUACCAUCACCUUGUGGUCCUAAUAGUCAAUGCCGUGAUAGUGGAGGCGCUCCCUCUUGUUCCUGUUUACCUAACUUUGUAGGAUCACCACCAAAUUGUCGACCUGAAUGUACAAUAAAUUCGGAAUGUGCAAGCAAUUUGGCUUGUAUUAAUACGAAAUGUAGGGAUCCUUGUCCUGGAUCGUGUGGUUCUGGUGCCCAAUGCAGUGUUAUCAACCAUACUCCAAUCUGUACUUGUCCCGAGGGCUACACUGGUGACCCGUUCAGUUACUGUCAACCUAAACCACAAGAAGUAGAACCGGUUAAAACCGAUCCUUGUAACCCAUCACCUUGCGGACCUAAUGCUCAAUGUAACAACGGUGUUUGCACUUGUUUACCUGAGUAUCAAGGUGACCCAUACAGAGGAUGUAGACCUGAAUGUGUCCUUAAUACUGACUGUCCGAGAAAUAAGGCUUGUAUCAGGAAUAAGUGUGUUGACCCAUGUCCAGGAACAUGUGGCCAAAAUGCUGAAUGUGCCGUUAUUAAUCAUAUCCCAACCUGUACUUGCAUCCAAGGUUACAUCGGAAAUGCUUUUAUUUUAUGUAACAAAAUACCGGAGAAAACCCCACAAAACCCCUGCAACCCUUCGCCCUGUGGUCCCAAUAGUCAAUGUAGAGAGAUAAACGGCCAAGCAGUUUGUUCUUGUGUCCCCGGUUAUAUCGGAAGUCCACCUGCUUGUCGACCUGAGUGUGUUACAAGCUCUGAAUGCCUUUUAAGCCAAGCUUGUGUCAACCAAAAAUGUAUAGACCCCUGUCCUGGCACAUGUGGUGUUAACGCCAAAUGCCAGGUUGUAAAUCACAAUCCGAUUUGUAGCUGCCCACCACAAUAUACUGGAGAUCCGUUUGUUAGAUGUCUUCAGAUCCCUGAGGAUGUACCACCCCCUACCCCUAUAAACCCAUGUCAACCUUCCCCUUGCGGUCCCAACUCCCAAUGCAAAGUUUCAGGAGAAUCUCCUUCCUGUUCUUGCCUUCCAGAGUUCCAAGGAUCACCACCGAACUGUCGACCUGAAUGUAUUAGUAACAGCGAAUGCAGCAAUAAUUUGGCUUGUAUAAACCAAAAAUGUAAAGAUCCUUGUCCGGGCACUUGUGGUGCUAAUGCUGAAUGCCGAGUUAUCAGUCAUACUCCCAACUGUGUUUGUCCACCUGACUAUAUCGGAGAUCCUUUCACUCAAUGUACUCCCAGGCCACCUGCUGUUCCUGCCGAACAUUUAUCACCCUGUUCGCCCUCCCCAUGUGGAGCAAAUGCACAAUGUCGGGAGCAAAACGGUGCUGGUGCUUGUGUUUGUUUACCGGAUUAUAUCGGGAAUCCAUAUGAGGGUUGUAGACCGGAAUGUGUCCUAAAUUCGGAUUGUCCCUACAAUAAAGCGUGCAUCAAAAAUAAAUGUCAAGAUCCUUGUCCUGGAACAUGUGGACAAAACGCACAGUGUCAGGUUGUCAAUCACCUACCAUCAUGUACUUGCAAUCCUGGCUACACAGGAGAUCCGUUCAGAUAUUGUUCCUUGCCUCCACCCGAACCUGUGAGAGACGAGCCGACAAAUCCGUGCCAACCUAGCCCUUGUGGCCCUAAUAGUCAAUGUCGGGAGGUUAACGGACAAGCAGUCUGUUCGUGUUUGCCUAAUUAUGUUGGAAGUCCACCGGGUUGUCGCCCUGAAUGUGUAGUCAGUUCAGAAUGUGCCCUAAACAAGGCUUGUUCAAACCAAAAAUGUGUCGAUCCUUGUCCUGGAACAUGUGGUCUCAAUGCCAAUUGUCAGGUUAUCAAUCAUAGUCCUAUUUGUAGUUGCCAGAAUGGCUACACAGGUGAUCCCUUCAGUCGGUGCUACCCCAUACCCCCACCACCGCCCACCCCCAUUGCUCCGGUUGUAACAAAUCCCUGCGAACCGUCACCCUGUGGCCCCAAUAGUCAAUGCCGCAAUAUUAAUGGAAAUCCAUCUUGUUCGUGUCUCCCUAACUACAUCGGAAGUCCGCCGAAUUGCCGACCUGAAUGUAGCAUCAAUUCAGAAUGUGCCAGUAACUUGGCUUGUAUUAGGGAAAAAUGCAGGGACCCCUGUCCCGGUUCUUGCGGCUCUGGGGCUCUAUGUAACGUUAUAAACCACACACCGACUUGUACUUGCCCAGAAGGAUACACCGGAGAUCCAUUCACUUUCUGUCAACCCAAACCACCACAACCACCGAAACCAGUCGAAGAUGAUCCAUGCAAUCCAUCGCCUUGUGGUUCCAACGCUCAAUGUAAUAACGGAAUUUGUACUUGCUUGCCUGAAUAUCAGGGAGACCCCUAUAGAGGUUGUCGGCCAGAAUGUAUACAAAGUUCGGAUUGUUCGAGAGACAAAGCUUGCAUUCGCAAUAAAUGUGUUGACCCUUGCCCUGGUACAUGUGGGCAAAAUGCCGAAUGCUCAGUUAUGAACCACAUUCCGAUUUGUACUUGCAUACAGGGCUACACCGGCAAUGCUUUCGUUCUGUGUAACCGAAUUCCAGAACCGGUGCCUAAGAACCCAUGCUACCCCUCUCCCUGUGGCCCUAAUAGCCAAUGCAGAGAAGUAAAUGGACAAGCUGUAUGUUCAUGUGUCCCCGGAUAUAUCGGUAGUCCCCCGACAUGUCGUCCCGAAUGCGUUACAAGUGCCGAGUGUGCCCUCAAUCAGGCUUGUGUCAAUCAAAAAUGUAUAGAUCCUUGCCCUGGCACUUGCGGAGUUGGUGCUAGAUGCCAAGUAGUUAACCACAAUCCGAUUUGUACUUGCCCCCAGCAAUUCACAGGCGAUCCUUUCAUCAGAUGUCUGCCAAUUCCCCCCGAACCUGUGGAGGCACCUUCAAACCCAUGCCAACCGUCACCUUGCGGUCCUAACUCCCAAUGCAAAGACGUAAACGGAGGACCUUCGUGUUCUUGUCUCCCUGAAUUUGUAGGGUCACCGCCUAAUUGUAAACCGGAAUGUGUCAGCAAUAGCGAAUGUCCAAAUAAUUUAGCUUGCAUUAAUCAAAAAUGUAAAGAUCCAUGUCCUGGUACUUGUGGACAAAAUGCCGAAUGUAGAGUUGUCAGCCACACACCGAAUUGUGUUUGUUUGCCUGGAUUUACCGGAAAUCCAUUUACUCAAUGCCAGUUACCACCUCCAGUACAAGAAGAUGUAUCACCGUGUUCACCGUCUCCAUGUGGAGCAAAUGCUCAAUGUCGCGAACAAAACAAAGCGGGUUCAUGUACUUGCUUACCGGAUUACAUUGGUAACCCGUACGAAGGGUGCAGGCCGGAAUGUGUUCUCAAUUCAGAUUGUCCCUCAAACCAAGCCUGUGUUAAUAACAAAUGUAAAGAUCCGUGCCCUGGCACUUGUGGGCCUAAUGCCAAUUGUCAAGUUGUUAAUCAUGUUCCGUCUUGUACUUGUAUUCCGGGAUAUACUGGAGAUCCCUUCAGAUAUUGUAAUCCAAUUCCAGCCCCACCGGUUUUGGAAGAACCAACAAAUCCUUGCCAACCGUCACCUUGUGGACCUAAUAGUCAAUGCCGCGAAGUCAACAACCAAGCUGUUUGUUCCUGUUUGCCGAAUUAUGUGGGUAGUCCACCCGGAUGUCGUCCUGAAUGCGUAGUCAGUACCGAGUGUCAAUUAAGUAAAGCUUGCAUAAACCAAAAAUGUGCCGAUCCUUGCCCUGGCACUUGUGGCUUCAAUGCCAAAUGUCAAGUUAUCAACCACAGCCCAAUUUGUAGUUGUCAGCCGGGCUACACCGGUGAUCCAUUCACUCGUUGUUUCCCAAUCCCCCCACCCCCACCUGUUACAACACCAGCAGUCGUUGUAAACCCUUGUGUACCAUCUCCUUGUGGCCCCAAUAGUGAAUGUAGAGACAUACGAGGUACACCAUCCUGUUCGUGCUUACCCACCUUCAUCGGAAGCCCACCCAACUGUCGCCCAGAAUGUACCAUAAACUCGGAAUGCUCCAGUAAUUUGGCCUGCAUUAACAGUAAAUGUAGAGACCCUUGCCCAGGAUCGUGUGGGGCAAGUGCCCAAUGUAGUGUCAUCAACCAUACUCCCAUUUGUACUUGCCCUGAUGGUUACACCGGGGAUCCGUUCAGUUACUGUACUCCUAAACCGCCCCCGCCGCCAGAACCCGUAGUUACAGACCCAUGCAACCCAUCGCCGUGUGGGGCAAAUGCUCAGUGUAACAACGGUGUUUGUACUUGUCUUCCGGAGUACCAAGGAGAUCCAUAUCGGGGCUGUAGGCCUGAAUGUGUCCUUAAUUCGGACUGUCCUAGAGACAAAGCUUGCGUCAGAAAUAAAUGUGUGAAUCCUUGUCCAGGAACGUGUGGACAAAACGCUGAAUGCAAUAUUUACAACCAUAUUCCCAUCUGUUCUUGCAUCCAAGGAUACAUAGGCAAUGCUUUCGUUCUGUGUAGUCAAGUGGUAAACCCGCCACCUCAAAACCCAUGCAGUCCAUCGCCUUGCGGCCCGAACAGUCAAUGUAGGGAGAUAAAUGGACAAGCGGUCUGUUCGUGUAUCCCCGGUUUUAUCGGAAGUCCACCAACCUGUCGACCAGAAUGUGUCUCAAGUUCAGAAUGUGCUCUAAACCAAGCUUGUGUCAACCAGAAAUGUAUAGACCCGUGUCCUGGAACAUGUGGUUUAGGUGCCAAAUGUCAAGUUGUAAACCAUAAUCCAAUUUGUAGCUGUCCUCCGCGUUAUACCGGUGAUCCUUUCGUCCGUUGCAAUCUUAUUCAACUUGAAGAACCUCCGGUACCUACAAACCCGUGUCAGCCCAGUCCUUGCGGUCCCAAUUCGCAAUGCAAGGAAAUAAACAACUCACCGUCAUGUUCUUGCUUACCUGAAUUUAUCGGAAGUCCGCCGAACUGUAGACCGGAAUGCUCAAGUAACAGCGAAUGUGCGAAUCACUUGGCUUGUAUCAAUAACAAAUGUAAAGACCCGUGUCCUGGAAUUUGUGGUUCAUCUUCCGAAUGUCGGGUCGUAAGCCAUACACCUAACUGUGUUUGUUUACCGGGCUUUACUGGCGAUCCUUUCGUUCAGUGCAGUCCUUACCAACCCCCACAACCCGUUUCCAUUGUCUCACCAUGUACUCCAUCACCUUGUGGUGCGAAUGCCCAAUGUAAAGUCCAAAACACGGCCGGUGCUUGUAUUUGCCUUCCUGAAUACAUUGGAAACCCUUAUGAAGGGUGCAGACCCGAAUGUGUACUCAGUUCGGACUGUCCCUCAAACAAAGCUUGCAUUAGAAAUAAAUGUGUGGAUCCUUGUCCUGGCACAUGCGGCCAAAAUGCCCAGUGCCAAGUGAUUAAUCAUUCGCCGUCUUGUACUUGCAUUCCGGGCUAUACGGGUGAUCCCUUCAGAUAUUGUAAUUUACCACCGCAACCCGUAGAAGAUGAAACUCCGAAAAAUCCAUGUCAGCCAAGCCCUUGUGGUCCCAACAGUCAAUGUCGCGAAGUAAACGGCCAAGCAGUUUGCUCGUGUUUGCCCAAUUACAUUGGAAGUCCUCCCGGUUGUAGACCAGAAUGUGUGGUUAGUUCAGAGUGUCCCCAAAACAAGGCUUGCGUUAAUCAGAAAUGUACCGAUCCUUGCCCUGGAACAUGUGGUCUUAACGCGAAAUGUCAAGUAAUCAAUCACAGUCCAAUCUGUAGUUGUACUCCUGGUUACACUGGUGACCCAUUUACUCGCUGUUAUCCCAUACCACCGCCACCUCCGGUAGUUGUAGAAGAACCAGUGCGUGACCCUUGUGUACCAUCACCUUGCGGUGCCAAUAGCCAAUGUCGUAACAUCAAUGGUUCUCCUUCUUGCUCUUGUUUACCAAAUUACGUUGGAAGUCCACCAAACUGCAAACCUGAAUGUACCAUCAACUCUGAAUGUGCCAGUAAUUUGGCUUGUAUUAGAGAAAAAUGUAGAGACCCUUGCCCUGGAUCAUGUGGUUCCGGUGCCCAAUGCAGUGUUAUCAACCAUACUCCUAUCUGUACUUGUCCUGAAGGUUACACCGGCGAUCCCUUCAGCUACUGCCAACCUAAACCUCAAGAAGUCAAACCGGUUGAAACCGACCCUUGCAAUCCGUCUCCUUGCGGACCUAAUGCACAAUGUAACAAUGGAAUUUGUACGUGUUUGCCCGAAUAUCAAGGUGAUCCGUAUCGAGGAUGUAGACCUGAGUGUGUACUAAACAAUGACUGUGCACGAGAUAAAGCUUGUCUGAGAAACAAAUGUCAAGACCCCUGUCCUGGCACUUGUGGCCAAAAUGCAGAAUGUUCGGUUGUCAACCACAUACCAAUUUGUACUUGUAUUCAAGGUUACAGCGGUAAUGCCUUCGUUUUAUGUAACCCUAUCCCAGCACCUGUUAUCACAAAUCCAUGCAACCCGUCCCCUUGUGGCCCUAACAGCCAAUGCAGGGCAGUCAACGGCCAAUCGGUCUGUUCUUGUGUCCCCGGAUUUAUCGGGAGUCCCCCAGCUUGUCGACCCGAAUGUGUUACAAGUGCUGAGUGUGCCCUUAACCAAGCUUGUGUCAACCAGAAAUGUAUUGAUCCUUGCCCUGGCACGUGCGGCUUGAAUGCCAAAUGCCAGGUUGUGAAUCACAACCCGAUUUGUAGCUGUUCUUCUGAUUACAUUGGCGAUCCCUUCGUUAGAUGUUUACCAAAACCGCAAGAAGAACCGGUGGUUACAAAUCCGUGCCAACCAUCACCUUGUGGUCCCAAUUCGCAAUGCAAAGAGAUAAACGGUUCACCAUCUUGCUCCUGUUUACCAGAAUUUAUCGGUUCGCCACCUAAUUGUCGACCAGAAUGUGUCAGUAAUAGCGAAUGCGCGAAUCAUUUGGCCUGCAUUAACCAAAAAUGUAAAGAUCCAUGUCCUGGAAUUUGUGGACACAAUGCCGAAUGUCGUGUCGUAAGUCAUACACCGAACUGUGUUUGCGUGUCUGGAUACAUCGGAAAUCCGUUUGUUCAAUGUUUGCCACCGCCACCCCCACCACCUCAAGAAGUGGUAACUCCGUGUUCGCCAUCCCCAUGCGGUGCUAAUGCACAGUGUAGAGAACAGAACAAAGCCGGAGCGUGUAUUUGCUUGCCUGAUUUUAUUGGAAAUCCCUACGAAGGUUGCAGACCCGAAUGUACUCUCAAUUCUGACUGUCCCUCAAACAAAGCUUGUGUCAAUCAAAAGUGUAAAGACCCAUGUCCUGGAACGUGUGGCCAGAAUGCUAAUUGUCAAGUUAUUAAUCAUUUGCCUUCUUGCACUUGCAUACCAGGUUACACUGGUGAUCCCUUCAGAUAUUGUAACUUGCCACCAGAACCUGUGAAAGAUGAAACACCUACAAAUCCGUGUCAACCAAGUCCUUGUGGUCCUAAUAGUCAAUGUAGGGAAGUAAACGGGCAAGCAGUUUGCUCCUGCCUUCCCAAUUAUAUUGGCAGUCCACCAGGUUGUCGCCCUGAAUGCGUCGUCAGUUCAGAAUGUGCCCAAAACAAGGCUUGCGUCAAUCAGAAAUGUGUCGACCCUUGUCCUGGCACUUGUGGACUUAAUGCCAACUGCCAAGUCAUUAAUCACAGUCCAAUUUGUAGCUGCCAAGCAGGAUUUACCGGUGAUCCUUUCAGUCGUUGUUUCCCUAUUCCACCACCUCCUCCAGUACAAGAACCCGAACCUGUACGAAACCCUUGUGUACCAUCACCGUGUGGACCAAAUUCGGAAUGUCGUGAUAUUGGGGGAAGUCCCUCUUGUUCGUGCUUACCGAACUAUAUUGGAAGCCCUCCAAAUUGUCGACCUGAAUGUACUAUAAAUUCGGAAUGUUCGAGCAAUUUGGCUUGUAUUAGAGAGAAAUGUAGAGAUCCUUGUCCUGGAUCGUGUGGUUCUGGUGCCCAAUGCAGUGUUAUCAACCAUACUCCAAUCUGUACUUGUCCCGAGGGCUACACUGGUGACCCGUUCAGUUACUGUCAACCUAAACCACAAGAAGUAGAACCGGUUAAAACCGAUCCUUGUAACCCGUCACCUUGCGGACCUAAUGCUCAAUGUAACAACGGAGUUUGCACUUGUUUACCUGAAUAUCAAGGUGAUCCAUAUAGAGGAUGUAGACCUGAGUGUGUCUUAAACAAUGAUUGUCCGCGAGAUAAAGCCUGUAUUACAAACAAAUGUACGGAUCCUUGUCCUGGAACUUGUGGCCAAAACGCCGAAUGUUCAGUCAUCAAUCACAUUCCAAUAUGUUCCUGUAUCACCGGCUACACAGGAAACGCAUUUAUACUUUGCUCUCCUAUUCCCGCCCCUGUAGUGACAAACCCGUGCCAACCAUCCCCAUGUGGCCCCAACAGCCAAUGCAGGGUUGUAAACAACCAAGCGGUUUGUUCUUGCGUCCCCGGUUAUUUCGGUAGUCCUCCAACAUGUCGACCUGAAUGUGUCACAAGUUCUGAAUGUUCUCUUGACAAGGCGUGUGUUAACCAAAAAUGUAUCAAUCCGUGUCCCGGAACUUGCGGAAUUAACGCUUUGUGCCAAGUGGUCAAUCAUAAUCCGAUCUGUAGUUGCCCUCAAGGCCAAACAGGAGACCCGUUCACUCGAUGCACUAUAAUUGUCCCAGUGCAAGAAGAACCAACAAAUCCGUGCCAACUAUCCCCUUGUGGUCCCAAUUCUCAAUGUAAAGAAAUAAACAAUUCGCCGUCUUGUUCUUGUUUGCCGGAGUUUACCGGAUCGCCCCCUAACUGUCGUCCGGAAUGCGUCAGUAACAGCGAAUGCGCAAACCAUUUAGCUUGCAUAAAUCAGAAAUGUAAAGAUCCUUGCUCUGGCACUUGUGGCCAGAACGCUGAAUGUCGAGUUAUAAGUCACACACCGAACUGUGUUUGCUUGCCGGGGUACAUCGGUGACCCGUUCUCGCAAUGUACCAUACCGAAACCUCCACCCUCUGAAACUAUUUUGCCUUGUUCUCCGUCACCAUGCGGUGCUAAUGCCGUUUGUAAAGAACGCAACGGCGCUGGAUCGUGUACUUGCCUCCCUGAUUAUAUCGGUAACCCCUAUGAAGGAUGCAGACCUGAGUGUGUUUUAAACACUGACUGUCCCUCCAACAAAGCCUGCGUAAGAAAUAAAUGUACCGACCCUUGCCCCGGAACGUGCGGCCAAAACGCCCAAUGCACUGUUGUUAACCAUUUGCCUCAAUGCACUUGCAUACCGGGAUAUACAGGAGAUCCAUUCCGAUAUUGUAGUGUACCACCGGAACCCUCCAAACAGGAAGAACCGACCAACCCGUGUCAACCUAGCCCUUGCGGACCUAAUAGCCAGUGUAGGGAGGUUAAUAACCAAGCGGUGUGCUCAUGUUUGCCCAAUUAUAUUGGAAGCCCACCGAAUUGUCGACCUGAAUGCGUAGUCAGUUCGGAAUGUCCGCAAAACAAAGCCUGUGUUAACCAAAAAUGUGCUGAUCCUUGUCCCGGCACAUGCGGUCUUAAUGCUAGAUGUGAGGUGAUAAAUCAUAGCCCGAUUUGUAGUUGCCAGACGGGAUAUACCGGAGAUCCAUUUACCAGAUGUUAUCCCAUACCCCCACCACCGGUAACUCCCAUCCAACCUGUAAUUACCGAUCCUUGUGUACCUUCACCAUGCGGCCCCAAUAGUCAAUGUAGAAACACCGGUGGUAAUCCGUCUUGUUCGUGUCUUCCGGAAUUCACUGGAAGUCCUCCAAACUGUCGCCCCGAGUGUACUAUAAAUUCAGAAUGUCCAAGUAAUUUGGCUUGCAUUAGGCAAAAAUGUCGUGACCCUUGCCCAGGAUCGUGUGGUUCCGGAGCCCAAUGUAGUGUCAUCAACCAUACUCCAACCUGUACCUGCCCGGAAGGUUACACCGGUGACCCAUUCACUUAUUGCCAACUUAAACCACAAGAACAAGAACCGGUUAAAACCGACCCUUGUAACCCAUCACCUUGUGGUCCGAAUGCCCAAUGUAACAACGGAGUUUGCACUUGUUUGCCUGAAUAUCAAGGAGAUCCGUACCGAGGUUGUAGACCCGAAUGUGUCCUUAGUAACGAUUGCCCACGCGACAAAGCCUGUAUUAGAAAUAAGUGCCAAGACCCUUGCCCUGGCACUUGUGGCCAGAACGCUGAAUGUACCGUAAUAAACCACAUACCUACCUGUACUUGCAUCAAUGGCUACUCGGGCAAUGCUUUCGUUUUAUGUUCACCGAUUCCAGCUCCAGCCCCUGUCAACCCAUGUAGCCCAUCGCCAUGUGGCCCCAACAGUCAGUGUCGCGAAGUAAAUGGCCAAGCUGUAUGUUCUUGUGUUCCCGGCUUCAUCGGAAGUCCACCAACGUGUCGCCCUGAAUGUGUCACCAAUUCUGAGUGUGCUCUAAACCAAGCCUGUGUCAAUCAAAAAUGUAUUGAUCCUUGCCCUGGCACAUGCGGUCUUGGUGCCCUUUGUCAGGUUGUUAGUCAUAAUCCGAUUUGUAGUUGUCCGCCGAGACAUACCGGAGAUCCAUUCACUCGGUGUUCACCCAUCAGGGAGGAGCCACCUCCUGAACCCACAAAUCCAUGCCAACCAUCUCCUUGUGGGCCCAACAGUCAAUGUAGAGACGUUGGUGGAGGGUCUCCAUCGUGUUCUUGUUUGCCUGAGUUUAUAGGGACGCCGCCAAAUUGCCGACCCGAAUGUGUUAGUAACAGUGAAUGUCCGAACCAUUUGGCUUGCAUAAAUCAGAAAUGUAAAGAUCCUUGUCCUGGCACUUGUGGCCAAAAUGCCGAAUGUCGGGUUGUAAGUCAUGCACCGAACUGUGUUUGUCUGACCGGUUUUGUUGGAAAUCCUUUCACGGCAUGUACCCAACAAGUUACUCCACCAGUUGUUGAAAGACCCACACCUUGUCUGCCGUCACCAUGCGGUGUUAAUGCUAUUUGUCGGGAACAGAACGGUGCAGGUGCUUGUGUUUGUUUACCAGAACAUGUAGGAAACCCUUACGAAGGCUGUAGACCUGAAUGUGUCCUUAAUUCAGACUGUCCAUCAAACAAAGCUUGUGUCAAUCAAAAAUGUAAAGACCCCUGUCCUGGAACGUGUGGCCAAAAUGCCCAAUGUCAAGUUAUCAAUCAUUUGCCAUCUUGUACUUGCAUUCCUGGCUACACUGGUGAUCCCUUCAGAUAUUGCAAUUUGCCACCACAACCUGUCGUAACGGAAGAACCUAAAAAUCCGUGCCAACCCUCACCCUGUGGACCUAAUAGCCAAUGUCGUGAAGUUAACGGACAAGCUGUCUGUUCCUGUUUACCAAAUUACGUAGGAAGUCCCCCAGGAUGUCGCCCUGAAUGUGUUGUUAGCUCGGAAUGUGCCCUAAACAAAGCCUGUGUUAACCAAAAAUGUGUGGACCCAUGCCCCGGCACUUGUGGCUUAAAUGCCAAAUGCCAAGUUGUCAAUCAUAGCCCGAUUUGUAGUUGCCAAUCCAGUUACACGGGUGAUCCUUUCACUAGAUGUUAUCCAAUUCCACCACCCCCGAUCGAACCACUUCCAGCACCUACCAACCCAUGUGUACCAUCACCCUGUGGCCCUAACAGUCAAUGCAGAGACGUCGGUGGGUCCCCAUCGUGUUCCUGUUUACCUAACUUUAUAGGAAGUCCACCAAACUGUCGACCGGAAUGUACCAUCAAUUCAGAAUGUUCCAGUAAUUUGGCUUGCAUUAGAGAAAAAUGUAGAGACCCCUGCCCAGGCUCGUGUGGAGCUAACGCUCGAUGCGAGGUCAUAAAUCACACACCCAUUUGCACAUGUCCUGAAGGAUUCACCGGCGACCCAUUCACGAACUGUUACCCCAAAUCACAGGAAACAGAACCGGUUAAAACAGACCCAUGUAACCCAUCGCCAUGUGGUGCUAACGCACAGUGUGACAAUGGAAUUUGCACUUGCCUUCCCGAAUAUCAAGGAGACCCAUACAGAGGCUGUAGACCCGAAUGCGUUCUUAAUAAUGACUGCCCAAGAGAUAAAGCCUGUAUCAGAAACAAAUGUAAGGAUCCUUGCCCUGGAACUUGUGGCCAAAACGCCGAAUGUAGUGUCAUUAACCAUAUUCCGACCUGUACUUGCAUUCAAGGCUACUCAGGCAAUGCUUUUGUUUUGUGUGAGCGAAUUCCAGAACCGGUGCCUCAAAACCCAUGCAACCCCUCGCCCUGUGGUCCCAAUAGUCAAUGUAGACAAAUAAACGGCCAAGCUGUAUGUUCCUGCGUGCCAGGUUUCAUCGGAAGUCCUCCAACGUGUCGACCUGAAUGUGUCACCAGUUCGGAAUGUUCUCUAAAUGAGGCUUGCGUGAACCAGAAAUGCAUAGAUCCAUGUCCUGGCACUUGUGGACUUAAUGCCAGAUGCCAAGUCGUCAACCACAACCCGAUUUGCAGUUGUCUCCCAGGCCAAACCGGUGAUCCCUUCACUCGAUGUGUCCAAAUUGUUGAGGAACCCCCAACUCCAACCAACCCAUGUCAACCGUCACCUUGUGGCCCCAAUUCGCAAUGUAGAGAAGUCGGUGGAGCGCCAUCGUGUUCAUGUUUGCCCGAAUUUAUCGGAACACCGCCUAAUUGCCGACCGGAAUGUGUCAGUAAUAGCGAAUGUGCAAACCACUUGGCUUGUAUCAACCAGAAAUGUAAAGAUCCUUGCCCUGGUACUUGCGGACAAAACGCCGAAUGUAGAGUUAUAAGUCAUACACCAAACUGUGUGUGUAUUUUGGGAUAUGAAGGCAAUCCGUUUGCUCAAUGUGUUCAAAAAGUUGUGACUCCGGUUAAAGAAAGACCUACUCCUUGUAUACCGUCCCCGUGUGGCCCUAAUGCUAUUUGUAGAGAACAAAACGGAGCUGGGGCUUGUACUUGCCUCCCUGAAUACAUUGGAAAUCCGUAUGAAGGGUGCAGACCUGAAUGCACUCUCAACUCUGACUGUCCCUCAAACAAAGCUUGUAUCAAAAACAAAUGUAUGGAUCCCUGUCCGGGAACGUGUGGUUUGAAUGCCGAUUGUCAAGUUAUAAAUCAUUUGCCGUCCUGUACUUGCCGACCAGGUUAUACGGGCGAUCCCUUCAGAUAUUGUAACGUCGAGCCACCACCCAAAGUUGAAGAAGAACCGAAAAACCCAUGCCAACCUAGCCCCUGUGGCCCUAAUAGCCAAUGUCGCGAAGUUAACGGCCAGGCUGUUUGUUCUUGUUUGCCCAAUUAUGUUGGAAGUCCUCCAGGUUGUAGGCCUGAAUGUGUGGUCAGUUCAGAAUGUGCACAAAACAAGGCUUGCGUUAAUCAAAAAUGUGUUGACCCCUGCCCUGGCACUUGUGGCCUAAAUGCCAAAUGCCAAGUCAUUAAUCACAGCCCAAUUUGUAGUUGUCAGGAACAAUACACCGGAGAUCCAUUCACACGAUGCUACCCUAUACCACCACCCCCUGUUGAACCAGUCGUAGUCACUAACCCCUGUGUACCAAACCCUUGUGGUCCUAAUUCACAAUGUAGGGAUGUCGGUGGAGUGCCAUCAUGUUCUUGUUUGGCCACUUUUGUCGGUAGUCCACCCAAUUGCCGACCUGAGUGUACUAUAAAUUCGGAAUGUCCAAGCAAUCUGGCUUGCAUUAGAGAGAAAUGUAGAGAUCCUUGCCCUGGGUCGUGUGGUUCCGGUGCCCAAUGUAGCGUAAUCAACCAUACUCCCAUCUGUACUUGUCCCGAAGGCUACACUGGUGACCCAUUCAGUUACUGUCAACCUAAGCCCCAGGAAGAACCACCGGUUAAACCCGACCCAUGUAAUCCAUCGCCUUGUGGGCCUAAUGCCCAAUGCAACAACGGAGUGUGUACUUGUAUACCUGAAUAUCAAGGUGACCCCUACCGAGGCUGUAGACCUGAAUGUGUUCUCAAUACUGAUUGUCCAAGAGACAAGGCAUGUAUUCGAAACAAAUGUGUUGACCCUUGUCCUGGAACGUGUGGCCAAAAUGCCGAAUGUGCUGUCAUUAACCAUAUUCCAACAUGUUCCUGCAUCCAGGGAUACACCGGCAAUGCUUUUGUUUUAUGUACCAAAAUACCAGAGAAAAUCCCACAAAACCCAUGCAACCCGUCACCCUGUGGCCCCAACAGUCAAUGUAGAGAAAUAAAUGGCCAAGCAGUUUGUUCUUGUGUCCCCGGUUACAUCGGAAGCCCCCCAACUUGCCGACCAGAAUGUGUCACUAGCUCGGAAUGUUCCCUAAACGAAGCUUGUGUAAACCAAAAGUGUAUAGACCCAUGCCCUGGCACUUGCGGCCUAAACGCCAAAUGUCAAGUCGUCAACCACAACCCGAUUUGUAGUUGUCCACCUAAAUACACCGGAGAUCCGUUCACUCGAUGCUCACCCAUAAUUGAAGAACCACCAUCUGUUCCAGUCAACCCAUGCCAACCAUCACCUUGCGGUCCCAAUGCUCAAUGUAAAGAAAUAAAUGGGUCACCAUCGUGUUCUUGUCUACCGGAAUUUAUUGGAUCGCCACCUAACUGUCGACCCGAAUGUGUCAGUAAUAGCGAAUGCGCAAACCACUUGGCUUGUAUCAACCAAAAAUGCAAAGACCCGUGUCCCGGAAUUUGUGGUCAAAAUGCUGAAUGUCGUGUCGUGAGCCAUACACCGAACUGUGUGUGUAUUCAAGGCUACGUCGGAAAUCCCUUCAGUAGUUGCCAACCCUACGAACCACCAAAACCAUCCGAACCGAUUAACCCGUGUUUCCCAUCGCCUUGCGGUGCUAACGCUGUUUGUAGGCAAAGAAACGAUGUAGGGUCUUGUAGCUGUAUCCCCGAUUACGUUGGAAAUCCUUACGAAGGUUGCCGACCUGAAUGUGUCCUAAAUUCAGAUUGUCCCUCAAAUAAAGCUUGCAUUCGAAAUAAAUGUAUGGACCCUUGCCCCGGAACGUGUGGUCAGAAUGCCGAAUGUCAAGUUAUUAAUCAUUUAGCAUCGUGUAAUUGUAUUCCGGGUUACACAGGCGAUCCGUUCAGAUUUUGUAAUGUCAUACCGCCACCACAAGAACCCUCUGAAGAACCUAAAAACCCCUGCCAACCCUCGCCCUGUGGUCCUAACAGCCAAUGUCGCGAAGUUAACGGCCAAGCGGUUUGUUCCUGUCUGCCUAAUUAUAUCGGCAGUCCGCCAGGUUGUCGACCUGAGUGUGUCACAAGCUCGGAAUGUGCCCUAAAUAAAGCUUGUUCAAACCAGAAAUGUAUAGACCCAUGUCCUGGCACUUGCGGAAUUAAUGCUAGAUGCGAAGUUAUUAAUCAUAGUCCGAUCUGUAGUUGUCAGACAGGUCAUACCGGUGAUCCCUUCUCGAGAUGUUACCCAAUACCACCACCACCCAAAGAACCUCCACCGCCACCAACAAACCCAUGUGUACCAUCCCCCUGUGGGCCUAAUUCGAUUUGCCAGGAUAUCAAUGGCGCACCUUCGUGUUCUUGUAUCGCCAAUUAUAUUGGUACACCACCAAAUUGUCGCCCCGAGUGUACUAUAAAUUCGGAAUGUCCAAGUAAUUUGGCUUGCAUUAGGGAAAAAUGUCGUGACCCAUGUCCAGGAUCGUGUGGUUCUCAAGCUAGGUGCACUGUUAUAAACCAUACACCCAUAUGUACCUGCCCUGAAGGUUUCACUGGUAAUCCUUUCGACUCCUGCAUUUUCAAAUUAGAGGAACCACCAAAACCACAAGACCCAUGUAACCCAUCACCAUGUGGGGCUAACGCACAGUGUAACAAUGGUGUUUGCACUUGUCUCCCCGAAUAUCAAGGUAACCCCUACGAAGGAUGUCGACCUGAAUGUGUCCUCAACACCGACUGUGCAAGAGACAAGGCUUGUAUUAGAAACAAAUGUGUUGAUCCUUGCCCUGGAACGUGUGGCCAAAAUGCCGAAUGUGCUGUCAUUAACCAUAUUCCGACCUGUACUUGCGUUCAAGGCUACACAGGCAAUGCUUUUGUUUUGUGUACCAGAAUACCGGAAAAAAUCCCACAAAACCCAUGCAACCCAUCACCCUGUGGUCCCAAUAGUCAGUGCCGAGAGAUAAACGGCCAAGCGGUCUGUUCUUGUGUUCCUGGUUUUAUUGGAAGUCCUCCAACUUGUCGACCUGAGUGUAUCUCAAGUUCGGAAUGUCUCCUGACGCAAGCCUGUGUCAAUCAAAAAUGUAUAGACCCUUGUCCUGGUACUUGCGGUUUGAGUGCUAGAUGCGAAGUCAGGAAUCAUAACCCGAUCUGUAGUUGUCCAAAUAGAUAUACUGGUGAUCCAUUUACACGUUGCUUGCCAAUUGUUGAACCACCCCCACCACCUGUAAACCCAUGCCAGCCAUCCCCAUGUGGUCCGAACUCGCAAUGUAGGGAAGUAAACGGUUCACCAUCUUGUUCGUGCUUACCUGACUUUAUCGGAAGUCCACCCAAUUGUCGUCCGGAAUGUGUUAGUAACAGCGAAUGCGCAAACCACUUAGCUUGUAUAAAUCAAAAAUGUAAAGACCCAUGCCCUGGUACUUGUGGCCAAAACGCUGAAUGUCGGGUUAUAAGCCAUACACCUAACUGUGUUUGUAUCCCUGGCUACUCUGGCAAUCCGUUCCAACGUUGUAACGUUGCGGAAGAACCAAGACCACCCCCAGCUGACCAAAUCAAUCCAUGCGUACCAUCACCAUGUGGUACUAAUGCCGUUUGUAAGGAACACAACGGUGCCGGUUCUUGCGUUUGUUUACCAGAACAUGUCGGCAAUCCUUAUGAAGGCUGUCGACCUGAAUGUGUCCUUAAUAGUGACUGUCCCUCAAACAAAGCUUGUAUUAACCAGAAAUGUAGGGAUCCAUGUCCUGGAACUUGCGGACAGAACGCUGACUGUCAAGUAAUCAAUCAUCUACCGUCCUGUACUUGUAUUCUUGGCUUUACCGGCGAUCCCUUCCGAUUCUGCAAUAGAAUCCCUCCUCCCCAAAUCCCAGAACCACCCAAAAACCCUUGCCAGCCAAGUCCUUGCGGUCCCAAUAGUCAAUGUCGUGAAGUUAACGGACAAGCUGUCUGUUCUUGUUUACCAAAUUAUAUCGGAAGUCCCCCAGGAUGUCGCCCUGAGUGUGUAGUCAGUUCGGAAUGUGCCCUAACUAAAGCCUGUGUUAACCAAAAAUGUGUUGACCCUUGCCCUGGAACUUGCGGUCUGAGUGCUAGAUGCGAAGUUAUCAACCACAGUCCGAUUUGCAGUUGCGAAAAUGGUUUUACUGGUGAUCCCUUCACUCGAUGCUACCCCAUACCACCCCCGCCACGAGAAAACCCCAAACCACCCGUACUUAACCCUUGCGUCCCAUCGCCAUGUGGGCAAAACGCCCAGUGUAGAGACGUCGGUGGUACACCUUCGUGUUCCUGCCUAUCUAACUUUAUCGGAAGUCCACCCAACUGUCGCCCUGAAUGUACCAUAAAUUCAGAAUGUCCGAGCAAUUUGGCUUGUAUUAACAGCAAAUGUAGGGACCCUUGUCCUGGUUCUUGCGGAGUCGGUGCCCUUUGUGAGGUCAGAAACCAUAAUCCCAAUUGUAGGUGUCCCCCAGGUUAUGAAGGUAACUCGUUUGUUGCUUGUCACCCGGUACCACCCCCAAUACAACCACCCCCGAAAACCGAUCCUUGCUAUCCUAAUCCUUGCGGACCUAACGCAAGAUGUAAUGACGGUGUUUGUACGUGCAUUCCCGAGUAUCAUGGCGACCCCUACAGAGAAUGUAGGCCUGAAUGUGUCCUAAAUGCGGAUUGUUCCCGAGAUAAGGCUUGCGUUCGAAAUAAAUGUGUUGAUCCCUGUCCUGGUACAUGUGGCACUAAUGCGGAAUGUACUGUUUUCAAUCAUUUCCCAUCUUGUAACUGUAUCCAAGGAUAUACAGGAGACCCAUUCCUUGGUUGCCGCAAAAUCGAAACCCCUCCACCUCAAAACCCAUGUAGUCCAUCACCAUGCGGCCCUAACAGCCAGUGCCGUGACAUAAACGGCCAAGCGGUUUGCUCUUGUCUCAUGGGCUUUAUCGGAAGUCCCCCAUCUUGUCGGCCCGAAUGCGUCAGUAGCUCGGACUGUCAACUAAACAAAGCGUGUCUUAACCAAAAAUGCGUAGACCCCUGCCCUGGCACUUGCGGUAUUAACGCCCUUUGCCAAGUGGUUAACCACAAUCCGAUCUGUACUUGCCCACCGCGAUACACAGGCGAUCCAUUUAUACAAUGCAAAGUCAUAAUCGUUAAAGAAGAACCGGUUGAGAUACCCAAAAACCCAUGCACACCUUCACCUUGUGGACCUAACGCUAAAUGUGAGGUUACGCAAGCUGGAACAGCAAAAUGUACCUGUUUGCCCAACUAUUUCGGUGCUCCACCUAACUGUAGACCGGAAUGCGUGACCCAUAACGACUGCGCGAAAAACUUGGCGUGUAUCAAUCUAAAAUGCCAAGACCCUUGCCCCGGCUCUUGCGGACUAAACGCUCGUUGUGUCGUUGUUAAUCAUGUUCCUAAUUGUCUCUGUCUGGAUAACUAUGUAGGAGAUCCUUUCACUCUUUGCACUCUCAAGCCACAACCAACACCACCACCACCACGAGGUAAAGAAGACCCAUGUUACCCAUCGCCAUGUGGCCCCAAUGCCAGAUGCAGGGUUGAGAACAACUACGCCAUUUGCGAAUGUUUACCAGAAUACCACGGCAAUCCGUACGAAAACUGCCGACCUGAAUGUGUAAGCAACACGGAUUGUCCCAUGAAUAGGGCUUGCAUUAGAAAUAAGUGUGAGGACCCAUGCCCGGGUACUUGCGGAGUUAAUGCCCUUUGUACCGUCACCAACCACGUACCAAUAUGCUCAUGCCCGGACAGAUACGAAGGAGAUGCUUUUAGGAUCUGUAAUCCAAUCAUGGAGCGUCAACCCACCCCUGACCCGUGCAACCCUUCACCGUGUGGAAUUAACACUGUAUGCCGGGCCUCCGGCCAAAACGCCAUCUGUGAAUGCCUUCCUGGAUUCUUCGGUACUGCAUCAGCCGGUGGUUGUCGCCCUGAAUGUACCAUCAGUGCUGACUGUCCCCGAGACAAGGCUUGCGUCAACACUAAAUGUGUCGAUCCUUGCCCUGGAGUGUGCGGUUUCAAUGCUAUUUGUCAAGUCAUCAACCACAGUCCUGUAUGUAGCUGCCCACCCCCUCUCCUGGGAGAUCCGUUCACACUUUGUAAAGAACAACCGGAACCACCGAAAGACCCUUGCAACCCUUCACCGUGCCGUCUCAAUGGGCAAUGCCGCGUCAUAAACGGAGUUGCAAGUUGCACUUACCCUGAAUGUAUAAUCAAUCAAGAUUGUCCCCGAGACAAAGCUUGUUACAACCAGAAAUGUCGCGAUCCUUGUCGUGAUGCUUGCGGUCUGAAUGCCUUGUGCCAGGCUAUUAACCACAAAGCUGUUUGCUCGUGCCCUCCCAACUACGUCGGAUCGCCUGAAGUGCAAUGCCGUCUCCGCGAUAUCGAAGUACCCAAACCUAAACCUGAAUGUCUCCAAGAUGCGGACUGUACUAACGAUAAGGCUUGCAUCAACGAACACUGCCAGAAUCCUUGCCUUGCCUCUCCUGGUAUUUGCGGGGAAAAUGCCGACUGUCGGCCACAAGCCCACCGCGCAGUGUGUAUCUGCCGGGAAGGCUUCACCGGAAACGCCCAAAGGGCCUGCUUCGAAAUCGGUUGUCGGUCUGACAGUGAUUGUCCUCCAAUCCAAGCUUGUAUCAAUCGGGAAUGCGUUGACCCGUGCACUUUCACUUCCUGCGGUCUUAAUGCCCUCUGUAGAGCUGAUUCCAACCACAAAGCCCGGUGUUAUUGCCCUGAUAACUUCCGAGGCAACCCACUAGUAAGGUGUGAAAGACCUGAAUGUUUGCAAAACGAGGACUGUCCCUACAAUCUGGCUUGUCGAAAUGAAAGAUGUGAAGAUCCGUGCAACUGCGGAGCUGGAGCUGUGUGUCGCGUAACCAACCAUCAAGCACAGUGUUCCUGUCCACCUGGAUAUACCGGAAAUCCCACAGUUGAAUGUCGAUUUGUACCACCGGAAAAACCACCACAGUGUAAAAUGGAUGCCGACUGUGCAAGCAAACUUGCUUGCUUUAGCGGCGUUUGCAAAAACCCUUGUUUGGAGACAAAACCUUGUGGGGCAAACGCGGAAUGUUCUGUAGUGGAUACGCUCCCACUCAGGACCAUGUCGUGUUUGUGCUUGCCGGGAUAUGUAGGUGAUGCCGAUAUAGAGUGCAAGAAAGCGCCAACUGAAGAACCGGGUUGCAAGAGCAAUGACGAGUGUGCCUUAAGUGAAGCUUGCAUCAACCGCAACUGUGUCAACCCUUGUGCUGUUGGAAACCCUUGUGCUCUCACAGCUGAGUGUAAACCAACCAAUCACAAGGCAGUUUGUAGGUGCCCGGCUGGACUUAUCGGAAAUCCAUUUAUCAAAUGUUACGAAGAACCUAAAACCAAACCGGAAUGCACCUCCGACUCUGAAUGUACCAACGACAAGUCUUGUAUCAAUCAGCGAUGCCAAGACCCUUGCGUCGUAUCCAACCCAUGUGGUACUAACGCUCAAUGUAAGACAAGUCUACACAGACCAACUUGUGUCUGUCCAGAUGGAUGGGGUGGAAACCCACAAAUUGCCUGCUACAAACCCGAAUGUACCACCAACGAUGACUGUCCAUACAACAAAGCUUGCAUCAACGAAAACUGUCUUGACCCAUGCGCCACCCAGUCCUGCGGUCGCGGUGCCCAGUGCCUUGUCCAAAACCACCGUGCUUCUUGCCAAUGUCCCGCCGGUAUGCAAGGAAACCCCUUGGUGGCUUGUAUCGCCGGUAUUUGUCAAUACAAUGAGGACUGUGCCGACCAUGAAGCUUGCGAUAGACUCAACCGGGUCUGUCGCCCAGUCUGUGAUGAAGACACUUGCGCCGAAACUGCAACCUGCAUUGGGCAACAACACCAAGCCAAAUGUCAUUGUCCACCCGGAACUAAAGGAAACCCAUACGUCGAAUGUGCCGGAGAGAGACGACCGGAACCUGAACCGGAAUGUCGCUCAGACUCUGACUGUUCAUCGCAACUUGCUUGCAUCAACCAACUAUGUAAAAAUCCAUGUGCUAAUGGAAAUGUGUGCACCAGAGACCAGGAAUGUAAAGUUUUGGAUACAUUACCUCUAAGGACAGUUUUGUGUCAAUGUCCAGCUGAUACCAUCGCUGAUAGUUUAGGAAACUGCAAGCCGAUCAAAGCUCAACCUGAAUGUCGCGUGGACUCUGACUGCAGCGACAGUGAAAAAUGCCUUUCCAACAGUUGUGUUGAAGCUUGUAGGGUCGACACUUGCGGAGUGAACGCCUUGUGUAACUCGAUUCACCACCAAGCCGUCUGUACUUGCGCUCCGGGUUAUACCGGAAAUCCACAUUUCGAGUGUACAAACAGUGAGUCUUGCCUUUUUCCAUUAUGUAAACAAACCAUAAAAUUUGUCAUUACAGUCCCAAGAAUACCGCCACGACCCAUCCCCGAAUGUUACACCGACGAGGAUUGUCCUUAUGACAAAACUUGCAGAAACGACGUUUGUGUUAAUCCAUGUCUUGACGGUAAACCCUGCGCUGUUGGUGCUUUCUGUUCCGUUGACAACCAUAGGGCCAAAUGUACAUGCCCAGCUGGGUAUGAAGGACAACCUACCAUCAAAUGUAUACCUCCUCUUGGUCCGACUGUUGGUUGCACCUCAAACUCGGAAUGUGCCCAAAGUGAGUCAUGCGUGAACGCCCUGUGCGUAAGCCCAUGCAACUGUGGCCCCCAUUCCGAAUGUAAGGUGGUCAACCAUUAUCCCAUUUGCUACUGCUUGCCUGGGUACUCCGGGAACCCACAAACCGGCUGUGUGAAACUUGGUUGUCAGUCAGACAGCGAGUGCAGCAACGACAAACAAUGCUACAACGGCCAAUGCAUCAACCCGUGUAUUUUGGGCGACCCGUGCGCUCGCAAUGCGGAAUGCUACGGCAACAACCACAAAGCCGCUUGUCGAUGCCCUGCCGGCUACUCAGGCAACCCCUUCGACCGGUGCCAACGCAUCGAAUGUCACACCGACACCGACUGUCCCAACAACCGGGCUUGCAUCGAACAACGCUGUGUGGACCCCUGCUCAAACAUCGCAAACCCGCCAUGUGCCCAAAACGCCAUCUGUUAUGCACAAAACCACGCCGCUGGGUGCUUAUGUCCCGAGCAUUUGCCGGAAGGUAACCCACUGUCUUACUGUAUGGCCCCAGCGUUGGUACCCGGCCGUCCGGAAUGCGAACUUGACAUCGACUGUCCAAGCAAACUCGCAUGUAUUCGAAACAAGUGUGUCAAUCCUUGCGAAAGCCUCUCGCCGUGUCAUAGGACUGCACAUUGUAGCGUCCUUGAUACGGUACCUGUAAGAACCAUGAUUUGUACUUGUCCAGAAGGAUGGGUACCUAAUGACAACGGGGAGUGUCACGCAGUUGUGGUUCCGAUUCCACCUGGAUGUACCAGCGACAAUGAUUGUCCGAGCAAUGAAGCUUGUAUUAACAGACUGUGUCGCAACCCGUGCGAUUGUGGUACCCAUGCUGCUUGUUUCGUGCAAAACCACCGUCCGAUUUGCUCGUGUGAGGAGGGUUAUGAAGGAAACCCCAACAUCGCAUGUCGUCUGGCUGGAUGUCGGACUGAUUCGGAAUGCGAGUCGGGCAAGUCGUGCAUUAACGGCAACUGCAUCAACCCCUGUUUAGUCAAAGAUCCAUGUGGUAUCAACGCCGAGUGUUACGUUUACCAAAACCGAGCGGAAUGUCGUUGCAAGAGUGGCUACCGAGGCAAUCCUCUCGAGCGAUGCCGAAUCGUUGGCUGCAUAGCAAACAGCGACUGUCCCACCGACCGGCAAUGUAUCAACGCCCAGUGUAUCAACCCUUGCGUUUACGACAAUCCGUGCUCGCCUCGAGCCGAAUGCCGGGUCCAAAACCACAUGUCCCUCUGCCGGUGCCCACCUGGCUACUUAGGCAACCCUUACGUCGACUGCCACCCGCAACCCCAACCUGAAUGUCGCGAAGACAGCGAAUGUCCCACCAAACUCGCUUGCAUCAACAACAAAUGCCAAGACCCUUGUUCCAUCCUCGAACCAUGCCAACGGCCGGCUGAGUGUCAAGUCGUGGGUUCGGUACCAGUCCGUACCAUGAUCUGUGUGUGUCCCUCCGGAUACAUCAGUAGCGGAAGUGGUACUUGCAACCCGGUAACCGCUAUCGUCAAAGUCGGUGCUUGCAUCAGCGACAGCGAAUGCCCGGCUGAUAAGGCAUGCUACGAUGGAAUAUGCCGCGACCCCUGCAACUGUGGACCGUUUGCCGAAUGCCGAGUCAAGAACCACAAACCGGUUUGCACUUGCAAACAAGGCUACGACGGUAAUCCCGAACUGGAAUGUACCAAAGUCGGUUGUAGAAGCGAUGAUGAGUGUUCAGGACAACACAGUUGUGUCAACCGGCAAUGUGUGCCCGUUUGUGCAGCUGAUAGGUCAUCCUGUGGCGAGAAAGCCACUUGUUAUGGACACAACCAUCGCGCCAUCUGUGAAUGUCCUCCAGGUCUUAUCGGAAACCCCAAAAUCUCCUGUAUUUUGGUGGGAUGCCGGUCAGACUCGGAGUGUCCAGGAAACAGAGCUUGUAUCAACAAUAAGUGCGAAAAUCCGUGCGCUAGUGCCAACCCAUGUGAUGCCCCAGCUGAAUGUAAAGUGUUUAAUCACGCGGUCGAAUGUGCUUGUCCACCAGGAACCGUCAGCGAUGGCAAGAUGGGUUGUAUGACGAUCGAAGAGAAGUGUAGAAGAGACUCGGACUGUCCCUCGCAGUUUGCUUGCAUUGGAGGAGAGUGUGUCAAUCCAUGUACCUCAACCCAACCUUGUGGAGUCAAUGCGGAAUGUCGCGUCCUCGAUACUGAGCCAGUUAGGACCAUGAUUUGCGAAUGUUUGCCUGGAUAUCAAGGCAAUGCGGCUGUACAGUGCGACAAAAUGGCCUGCUGGACCGACAAAGGUUUCGUGACAACCCCCGACGGCAAAUGCGUGUGUCCACCGAACACCGGCCUCAACGACAACAACGAAUGUAUCCCUUGUCCUGAAGACAAAGGCCUCAAAGUGGACGAACGCGGCCGUUGUGUGUGUGCACUAGAGAAAGGACUAAUUAUCGACGAAAGAGGCAACUGUGUUUGCCCAACAGAAUUCGGCUAUAAACUUGACAAAAACGGAAACUGUAUCUCACCACCUGGGACUGAGUGUGAAACUGACGACCAAUGCCCUGACGACAAGUUCUGCCAUCCGGAAACUAAAACAUGCCAAAAUCCUUGCCUACAUAAAAAGUGUGGAGUCAACGCAUUCUGUAAUGCUACAAACCAUGUUGCAAUCUGUCAGUGUGUUAACGGAUACAGCGGAGACCCCAAAAUAUCAUGCAACAUUCCAUCCAGGUUUAAGACUGAUUUCCCACCACCUGACUUGCAAGUCAGUUGCUUGUCGGAUGGUGUCCACGUCCAGAUUCACAUUGCGGAGCAAGGAUUCAAUGGAGUACUUUACGUAAAAGGGCACAGUAAAGACGAACAGUGUCGCAGAAUAAUCACAUUACCGUCAGAUUCGAGUCCCAUAACAGAAAUCUUCAAAGUUCAUUUCGGAAAUUGCGGUUUGAUCCAUGUCAAUGGCCAGGCUAGCUUCGUCUUGGUGAUCCAGAAACACCCCAAACUUGUAACAUUCAAAGCUCAAGCCUACCACAUCAAGUGCGUCUACCAAACCGGCGAACAGAACGUCACUCUUGGCUUCAAUGUGUCCAUGUUGACUACUGCUGGUACCAUCGCAAACACCGGUCCUCCCCCCACUUGUACUAUGAAAAUCGUUACACCAACCGGUCAAGAAAUCAACUCUGCCGAAAUCGGGGAUAAUCUAAUGUUGCAAGUGGACGUACAACCGGGAUCAAUUUAUGGAGGCUUUGCCAGGAGCUGUGUGGCCAAAACCAUGGAAGAUAACGUCGAAAACGAGUAUUUAGUCACAGAUGAGAACGGUUGUGCCACCGAUCCUACAAUUUUCGGAGAGUGGGAGCACAAUCCAGAUACGCAAAGCUUGUUGGCGAGCUUCAACGCCUUUAAGUUCCCCAGUAGUGACAAUAUUAGGUUCCAAUGUAAUAUCAGGGUUUGUUUCGGCAAGUGCCAACCGGUCAAUUGUCGCGGAUAUAACGCUUUUGGACGAAGGAAGCGAGAUGUUGAUGACGAAAAUAGCACAGACGUGGCACUUGCUGGCGAUUUGAUGUCAGGACAGCUGAGAGAAGAAAUAACGAUUCAGAGUAACGCGAUUUUGACGUUUGAAAGACGUGAGGAACGAUUCGUGGAUCCUACAGAAGCUCCAAACGCCCAGAGAGUGGAAGACAUCUGCGUGUCCAUGAUCGGUUUCAUAAUCGCUUUGAUCAUAACCGCUCUGCUGGCUCUUGUGGCGGUGGCUGUGGCGGUCUCCUGCUGGUUGAUGGCCUACCGUCGAAGGCCCAAAGCCACCGGUCCUCUGCCCCACCCGCCUGAGUUCCCCAACCCCCUGUUCACCACCCCCGAGCCUAUGGCAGAGCCCAGUCCCGACUACCUCACGUAAUGAAGACAAUUUUAGCUCACAAUACUCCAGAAAAAUGACAAUUUUUUUUAUUUAUUUAACGACUUGCGAAAGCAAACGAAAUACUCGACUAUAUUUAAACGAUUUUUAUUAUUUGUAUAUUUAAUUCGUGUUUGUGACGACCUCGUACUCCUUUAGUAUCCGUCCGAAAUGCUACUCACUCCACAAAACUGCCAAAAGGAGUUCAAGUCGUCACGAAAUCGUUAGUGAAUACAAAUGUGAAAAAUGCGUAUGACCAUACGUGUUGCGAAAAUAUGGUUCGUACGCAUUUUGACUAUCUUUUCCAAUGGCUUAAUAUUCGAGUAACUCUUUGCAGACAAGGGAGAAAUUUAAUUACGGUGGUGGUCUUGCUUUAACUCGCUUUAACAAAAAUUUUGUUUGACGAAGAACCCUUGAAUCUGAGUUAUUUCCUAUUGUAAAUAAAUUCGAAAUAGUUUUUUCUUUUUAUCUUUGAGCCACUGGAAGAUGUAGAAUUGAUAUUUUUUAAGAUAAGACUAUAAAUAUUUUUAUUAAAGAACUUGUAUAAAGUGUAUGAAUGCGAAUGAAUGUGGAGCCUGGCUCAAGAUUUUUUUGGUGCUGACUGAUAUUUUUACUCAAAACAGUCAAAACGUUUAGUCAAUCAUUUCUUAUUCAUAGUACCUAUUUAUAUACUUGUAAGUCUCAAGGAGACAAAACUAUCAUUCUUUUAACCAAAAAGUAUUAAAAUUUACGUAUUAACGACUUUAGGCUAAAUUUUAUUAAAAAGUCUGUGAAUGUUAAAUUAAAUCGUCCUCUAAGCGCUGUUUAACUAAUUACAAUACGUAUAAUGUGUUAAUUUCUCUAUCGUAAUUAUGUCUCUAACGAUGAUUCCUUAAUUGUCAUAUUUGUGAUAAUCGCUUCCUUAAUAAAGAUUGUUUAAUAAUAA